AUGCGCGGCACUCCAAGGUACGCCGGAAGUCUGUAUUUCAGCCGUUCCGCUGCGGGUCUGAGAAAUAUUGGUAUAUAGGUAGGUUCUGGCACUUACACCUAUAGAUGUUCAGCAGGGCUCACAAUUUUGGGCAGUUUCGAGUAGUGGCCUCCGGAGCAAGCAAAAAUGGUGACCGGUCCGCUCCACCAGGACCUACGUUUUACUAUUUUUAAACACUAAUUUGUGUUUAGCUAAGUCUCCCGAGUAAAACAGUUCCCCCAUGUACAGGUUUUAUGCUGUUAUGGAGUCAAAUUUAAGGCUUGAAUUUCCUUUUUUUCACAUUGAAAGUUGCCAGAUUGGCUCUGUUGCCUUUGAGACCGUAUGGUAGCCCAGAGAUGAGAAUUACCCUUAUGAUGGCAUUCCAUUUGCAAAAGUAGACAACCCAAGGUAUUGCAAAUUGGGGUAUGUCCAGUCUUUUUUAGUAGCCACUUAGUUGCAAACCUGGCCUUAAGUUUGUGUUCAUAUUUGUUUUGUUUUUUUUUGCAUUUUUCACACACAAACAGCAGUUUCACUGAUGAUAUUGUUACAAUACAUUUUACGGUUUUGAAACACUCAUACUUGUGUUCAGCAAAGUUUCCCGAGUACAACAGUCACAAAGUUAGAAUUCAUAUUUGUUGUGUGAAAAAAAUGCAAAAAACCUAAAUUGAAUGCCAACUUUGGCCAGUGUUUGUGACCAAGUGGCUACUAAAAAAAGACUGGACAUUUGCAAUACCUUGGGUUGUUUACUUUUACAAAUGGUAUGCCAUCGUGGGGGUAAUUUUCAUUGCUGGGCUACCAUACUUUUUUCAAGAACUUAAAAAAAAAAAAAAGUCCAGCAUGGAACUGAAACUAUGAGACUGUUUAGCAUUUGAAAAUAAAGAUUGAAGAUUUGCUUUGCAUGACCUUGAGUGUGCUCUUUCCUGGCAUCUAUACUUUGUCUAUUAUGCACCAGGGCAAGAACAAGACAGGCUCUAUCUUUACUUUUAUCCUUUUGGGCAUUCGUAUUUUUAUUUUUUAAACUUUUUUUUUAGCAUGGGUGAUUGCCUGACUACCCAGACUGUGCCCCUGCAGGCUGUGUUUUAGAUUGCCAAUUUGGUCAUAGGAUGCCAUUAAGGGGUUAAACGUCCAAAGUUGACCAACCUUGGACAGUAGUGAUAGGCUGAGAACUAUAAGCUGUUAUGGUGUUUAUAGUGCCCUUUUUGAUUAUUUACAGCUAUUUAAUUGUACAAUAUUGCUUGUCCCACAUGUACUGAGAAUUAUAAAUGGAAAUUCCUUCACCCCUAAAACAUAUAUUUUAGAAUUUCUCAUUUCUAUAAAAAUGCUUGUUAACCAGUUCUAACCUCACAUAAAAAUGCAUCUGCCUGAUAACUCCCAAGCUCAGUUGUUUAUUUUCAGGGUGAUCUCCAUCGUGGACAGUUCCAGUGCCGGGGGAUCCUUUUCUCAGUGUGUCACACAUGGAAGUUUCCCAAAGAGGUGGCAACAAACUUUAUAUAACUUGUUCACUUUUGGCUGCCUAUUCAUAAUUCCUCUACUCCUCAUGUUGGUAUGCAACUCCAUUAUCAUCCUCACAAUGACUCAAGUGCUACACCAAGAUGGCAAAAGUGAGUACAUAUGUGCCAUCACUGUAUAGAAUUAUAGCAUAUUUGUAUCUACAAUCUCUUGACAGGUUAAUAUUUAACAUUAAGCAGUAAUGCCACUAAAGCACUUAUAACCAAUAGCAGAAUUUUUGUGAACUAUCAAUACAAUGAUGCUAACAAGUAACUAACAUCCAGAGGGAAUGUAGUGAAGUGAAUGUAGCCAACGGUCACAAACGGGUAUAGAACAUUUCAGGGAAUGUUGCAGCCCAAAUUUUCUAGCCCAGGCAGCAAAUCUCUCUUGUUGACAUACUGCUCUUUCUCCUAGUACUGUUAAGUCAGUCCAAGCGCAAAAUCAGCUUAUUGGUGUCUAUCAACAUACUGCUUUUGAUCCAGGCCAAGACUCCUCAAGAAGAAUUGGCCGGGAAAAGCAGCAUGGCAACAAUAGCACAAGGAUUCUGGGGCUAGAAGUGCAGGGUUGGCGGUCAGUGCCUCCUCUUCCUCUGUAUAUUAUAAAGGGAAAGGCUUUUGGAUUCUCCCCCCUUUCUUCCUCUACAAAGAGGACAUGCAAGUAGUGAAACUGGAAACAAAUACACAAGCAUACACACUAUAAAAUGUGUGUAUGUAUGCCUGUAUAGCUGGUAUUUGUAUCUAAAUGCCUGUGUGUACUGGUCUGUGUAUACCUAUGUCUGCAUAUGCUUGUUUGUGUAUGUGUCUGUAAGUAUCUAACUGUAAGUGUCUUUAUGUAUGUCUCCAUAAGUGCUAAGGGGUGGCAUGUGGGAAUUGGGCAUUGGCCAUAGGCCAAAUGGGCAGGGCUGACACUCUGAGUUUUUCCAAAUUAUUUUCUAACCCUUUGAGUGCUGGAUAAAAUAUUUUGAAGUUUUAUUUAAAGGUUAAAUUUUUCAAUGACAUAUCCAUAUAUACCAAAUAUUAAUGUUCUUUUUGCUUUGUGUUAGAAUUAGAACUGAAUCGAACAAAGAAUAACAUUCCUCAAGCUCGUCUAAAGACCUUAAAGAUGACUGUGGCGUUUGCAUCUUUGUUCAUUGUUUGUUGGACUCCAUACUAUGUUCUCGGAAUUUGGUACUGGUUUGAGCCGGAGAUGAUGACGAAAGUAUCCGAUCCAAUGAACCACUUCUUCUAUCUAUUCGGCCUGUUGAACCCUUGUCUAGAUCCACUGAUUUACAGCUAUUUCUCUAUGUGAUAUAUACAGAAAGAAAAAUCACAUUUGCCUUUUUUUGUACAAAGAAAUCUAAAUGAGUACAAGCUCAUAUGGUCACAGGUUUCACACAGGGAAUAAUAUAGCAAAUUUAGAAUUUACAUUGUGUACCAGGCUAUGUCAGAACUUUCUUUUGUGAUGCAAAAAACAAACAUAGCAGUUAUUAGAAACUACAGUUACUUUUGGAGUAACCGUUCCUUUUGUAUGAGUACAAACUUUUGUAACGAAUUGCAAUGUUAAUUAAAGGAUACCAUAAAAUGUGUGUAUAAUUCUACUGUACUGCAUGUAUGUCACAAAAAAAACUGCACUCAGUCACAUGAGCCACAUAUGCGUGCCACCAGACCAAGGGCCAGCACCAGCCCUAUUCAUUUUAAAUACCAAUUAAAGAAAGGUCCAGGCACUCCAAUGCAUAGGCACAUUUAUUAGAACAAGGUGAACACCACAACUUUUAGAUCCACAACUGGGUAUUUGACCAGCUUGACUGGACUUUAUUUCUCCAAUUGGUGUAGAUAAUGUCACUGAACUUGAAACAGUAUAACUUGUUGUCAAAUAGUCAUUAGAUCAACAGAUUUCAGUCAUCAUACAAUUGUAUGAUAUUCUGGCACAGAAGUUUAGCCAUGGCAAAAAAACUGCAAAGAAGUAACCCACCCAACUUCUUCUUUACCUCCGUGCUUAGAACAUUUAUAUAUAUAUAUAUAUAUAUAUAUAUAAAAAAAACUUUUAUUUUUUUAUUUAAGGGGACACUCUAAUCACAAAACAACUCUAGUUUAUUGAAGUGCUUUUGGUGGGUAGAUUAUGUCCCAUGUCUCACUGCUAAUUUAUGUCAUUUAGGCUUAAAUAAUUUUUGUUUCCGUUUAUGCAGCCCCAGCCAGAUGUCCCCUGGCUGGGAUUUUAUACAGCCUCCCUACAGGCACUGUGUAAAAUAUUCACAUUUUAAACCUGCUUAAUUGUAUAGUGUUUAAUUUAGAAUGUAUUUUAUGCUGUUCCGAGCAGUAAAAACUAAAGGUAAACACACUGUGGUGUACACUUUAGAGCAAUUGGUAGGGGAGUGAGCAACGCCCCCAAUACACACCGGAGGACAUCCGGAACAUCCCUAUAUAAAUAAAUGAGAACAGGGAGUGGGUAGGACAUUUGAUUGUUACGGAGUGUUUUAUUUGUAAUUGUUUUUACUAUGGUCCCUGAGGAAGUUUCUUUGAAACGAAAUGCAUGGCCAGUGACCUAUUUGUUUUUAUAUCUUUUUAACACAUUUGGAGUUAAUAAAUUCUUUAUACCUACUACCUGGUUCCUGAUUGCUGCUCGGAGUACGAUCAACAUACAGAGAAUCCUGACCUCCCACAGAGGGAAGGCAACCUUAAGGCGCCUUAAACAUUUGGAGUCUGUGAGUUCCACAAUUAGUGGGGGCACCACGCUUUGAUUUUUAACAAUGUUGCACUAUUAUUUAUCUUUUUUUCUUGGAUACUCAGCUGUAUCACAAUUUUUAUAUUGUAUCAUUUUUAUGAGGUCACCAACAGGGAAGGGACCUUGGGAAGCUGCAAUUUCAAGCUUAAGUAGCUUUAUCAUUGUUAUACACUGGUGUGGUGUAAAGGGAUAAUUUGUUGUACAUAUCCCUGUAAGGGACCAGUGUAAGUUGGAGCUAUAAAGGUCCUUUUGCUGGAUAGGAACUAGAUUUUGCACUGUGAACUGUCUAGUUCCUAUCCCUGUAAUUGACCAUUGCUAGAUGGAGGUACAAAAGGUCCUUAUGCUGGAUGAGCAAUAGAUUUCUCACUGAGAACUGGCUAGUUCCUAUCCUUUAAGGGGACCUGAACACUAUGGAGCAAUAGGUCCUUUAGAAGGAUAGGAACUAGCUCUCGCAGUGUGAGCUGGAUAGUUCCAAUCUCUAUACAGGACCUGACCACUAGGGACAAAAAGGUCCUUUAGAAGGAUAGGACCUAGCUUACUUGCACUGAACAAGCCAUUUCCUAUCCUCACAAAGGACAGGUUCCUUCUACUGGAUAGGAACUAGACUAAAUCCCAAAGUAAGUGGUUAACAGGCUUGCAAACAGUUUGGCUACUUACAAUGACUGACCAUUCCUGGCAUCAAAACAAAUAUAGCACUCUGUAGUGGUUAUGGUGCUUGUAGUGUUCUAUGUAGUGGAGAAGCUUUAGGUUCUUUAAAAAGGUAUUUUUUUAUUAUAAGUUCUGAUCAAAAUAAAACAUUUUUACUAUAUGUCUGUUCAACCAACAUUUACCUCUUUCAUAUUAAGUGCACCCACACUUAUUCUAUAUCACUUUGUUCAGGAGAAACAGGGCUUUCAGUUCACAUCAAAUAUUUAUAUAUAAAACAUAAUUUAGUAUGAAUAAAAUAUAAAAAGAAAAGUAUGAUUUUUUUUUUCUGCAUGGCAUUUUAACUGUGAAUGUCAUAAUACUGUUAGCUUUUACUGCAAUAAAAAACACAUAAUUGUGUUCAGCAAUGUCUGACAAGUGCAACAGUAUCCCCGUGCACAGGUUGUAUAGGGUUAUGGAAACUUACAGGGUCAAAUAUAGGACGUUUUCUUCUUUGUAGUUUUUACACAUUGAGAUUUGCCAGAUUGGUUUGCUGGGCCUAUGUUGCCUUUGAGACCAUAUGGCAGCCCAGGGAUAAAAAUUACUACAUUAUGGCAUACCAUUCGCAAAAGUAGACAACCCAGGAUAUUAAAAAUGGGGUAUAACCAGUCUUUUUUUAGUAGUCACUUAGUUGCAAACCUGGCCUUAAGUUUGCGUUCAUAUUUGUUUUUCUGCAUUUUUCACACACAAACAGCACUUUCACUGAUGAUAUUGUUACGAUAAGUUUUACGGUUUUGAAACACUCAUAUUUGUGUUCAGCAACGUCUCCCGAGUACUACAGUACCCCCAUAUACAGGUUUUAUGGUGUUUUAGAAAGUUACACGGUUAUAAUUAGAGAGCUUGCUAACUAAAUUCUCCUGACCUUCUGCCUGGGUUGUUAGGCAGGCCCCUCAUAUAUACACACACUGAUCAAAAAAAAAAAAUAUAGGGAACACUUAAACAACACAAUGUAACUCCAAGUCAAUCACACUUCUGUGAAAUCAAACUGUCCACUUAGGAAGCAACACUGAGUGACAAUUUCACAUGCUGUUGUGCAAUGGGAUAGACAACAGCUGGAAAUUAUAGGCAAUUAGCAACACACCCCCAAUAACGGAGUGGUUCUGCAGGUGGUGACCACAGACCACUUCUCAAUUCCUAUGCUUCCUGGCUGAUGUUUUGGUCACUUUUGAAUGCUGGCGGUGCUUUCACUCUAGUGGUAGCAUGAGACAGAGUCUACAACCCACACAAGUGGCUCAGGUAGUGCAGCUCAUCCAGGAUGGCACAUCAAUGCGAGCUGUGGCAAGAAGGUUUGCUGUGUCUGUCAGCGUAGUGUCCAGAGCAUGGAGGCUCUACCAGGAGAAAGGCCACUACAUCAGGAGACGUGGAGGAGGCUGUAGGAGGGCAACAACCCAGCAGCAGGACAGCUACCACCGUCUUUUUGCAAGGAGGAACAGGAGGAGCACUGCCAGAGCCUUGCAAAAUGACCUCCAGCAGGCCAGAAAUGUGCAUGUGUCUGCUCAAACGGUCAGAAACAGACUCCCUGAGGGUGGUAUGAGGGCCCGACGUCCACAGGUGGGGGUUGUGCUUACAGCCCAACACUGUGCAGGACGUUAGGCAUUUGCCAGAGAACACCAAGAUUGGCAAAUUCGCUGCUGGCGCCCUGUGCUCUUCACAGAUGAAAGCAGGUUCACACUGAGUAUGUGUGACAGACGUGACAGAGUCUGGAGACUCCGUGGAGAACGUUCUGCUGCCUGCAACAUCCUUCAGCAUGACCGCUUUGGCAGUGGGUCAGUAAUGGUGUGGGGUGGCAUUUCUUUGGGGGGCCGCACAGCCCUCCAUGUGCUCCCCAGAUGUAGCCUGGCUGCAAUUAGGUACCGAGAUGAGAGCCUCAGACCCCUUGUGAGAUCAUAUGCUGGUGUGGUUGGCCCUGGGUUCCUCCUAAUGCAAGACAAUGCUAGACCUCAUGUGGCUGGAGUGUGUCAGCAGUUCCUGCAAGACGAAGGCAUUGAUGCUAUGGACUGGCCCGUCCUGUUCCCCAGACAUGAAUCCAAUUGAGCACAUCUGGGACAUCAUGUCUCGCUCCAUCCACCAACGUCACGUUGCACCACAGACUGUCCAGGAGUUGGCAGAUGCUUUAGUCCAGGUCUGGGAGGAGAUCCCAUAGGAGACCAUCCGCCACUUCAUCAGGAGCAUGCACAGGCAUUGUAGGGAGGUCAUACAGGCACGUGGAGGCCACACACACUACUAAGCCUCAUUUUGACUUGUUUUAAAGGACAUUAUAUCAAAGUUGGAUCAGUCUGUAGUGUGUUUUUCCACUUUAAUUUUGAGUGUGACUCCAAAUCCAUACCUCCAUGGGUUGAAAAAUUUGAUUUCCAUUUUUUAAUUUUUGUGUGAUUUUGUUGUCAUCACAUACAACUAUGUAAAGAACAAAGUAUUUCAGAAGAAUAUUUAAUUCAUUCACAUCUAGGAUGUGUUAUUUUUGUGUUCCCUUUAUUUUUUUGAGCAGUGUAUAUAUAUAUAUAUAUAUAUAUAUAUAUAUAUAUAUAUAUAUAUAUAUAUAUAUAUAUAUUUAACGGCACCCCCAGGCAUAAAAGGGGUUAAACCGCCAUUAAGAGGAUAUUCCCCUUCCAGAUACACAGGCAGCUACCAAAGACACCAUUCCACCGAACGGAGAAGCAUAUGAAUGCUGUAAACAGCCGAACCGGAACCAUAUGUUACGCUACUUGGGUAAUUUGGAUUGGAACACAAAUGCAGCUUGUAAACUCCCUAAUUACAAUUGUGAAGAAACUGAGAAUCUUUAAAGUAUCAAUACUGUAACUUUAAGAAAAGAGAGAAUCACUGGUAACUUGAUUCAACCGAAGUUUUAAUAAGUGUUAAACUUAAAUGAGUUGCAUUUAGGCAAUAAUCCAAUAAGAAGAAGUGCAAGUAAUCAACAACACAAAGUUCAUUAUUAAGUAUUUUCUCAGAGAUGCAUUAAGUAACAUUCUUUAAGUUCAUGAGAAUAAUCUUCAAUAGAAACAAUAAGCAAGUAGCUAAGAAUAUUUGCAGAGCAAGAACAGUUCAUAUUGAAUAAGCUUGAUGGGAGUUGUCCUCCAUAUAAUUAGUAGCUAGAAGCACUGAGUGUAUUUGCAAAGCAAGAAACAGUUCAUAGUGAAUAAGCAUGAUGGGAGUUGUCCUCCAUAUAAUUAGUAGCUAGAAGCAUUGAGUGUCUUUGCAAAGCAAGAAACAGUUCAUAGUGAAUAAGCAUGAUGGGAGUUGUCCUCCAUAUAAUUAGUAGCUAGAAGCAUUGAGUGUCUUUGCAAAGCAAGAAACAGUUCAUAGUGAAUAAGCAUGAUGGGAGUUGUCCUCCAUAUAAUUAGUUUGAAGCAAUGAGUAUAUUUGCAAAGCAAGAAACAGUUCAUAGUUAAUAAGCACGAUGGGAGUUGUCCUCCAUAUAAUUAGUAGCUUGAAGCACUGAGUAUUUGUAAAGCAAGAACAGUUCAUAGUUAAUAAGCAUGAUAGGAGUUGUCCUCCGUAUAAUUAGUAGCUUGAAGCACUGAGUAUUUGUAAAGCAAGAACAGUUCAUAGUUAAUAAGCAUGAUAGGAGUUGUCCUCCGUAUAAUUAGUAGCUUGAAGCAAUGAAGAUUUGAAUAAGCAAGCAUUAGUUCAUUAUUAAAUGAUAUUGUAGACCAAUAGCUGAAAGAUAUACUUAAGGUUAAUAUGAGUAGUCCUCCAAUAAUUCAGGGAUAUGGUCCACUUGUAAAGUAAGUGAGUUUUCGUUCACCAGUAAUCCUCUAUGACAUGAAGCAUACUUGUCUUAGUCCAGAAGGCUAGGACGACUUCAGAGUUUGUAGAGCUGGCGUGCAUAUUCGGAAGUAGGACCCACAUUGCCAGAGUCUGUGGAGAGGUAAGUCUGGCAGAAGUAGCUCCCAGUAGCUGAGCUUGUGGAGCCCGCGGUCUCGCGGAGGCAGCUCACACACAAUCACCAAGCACCCUCUCUCUGGCCCAGUCUCCCUAAAUACCGUCAGAGCUGUGUCAGAGGGGGCGGGGUCCGGCUCCGCCCAGCGGAGUGCCAAAACCAGAAGUGUUACCCCAUGACACCAUACGAAUGCUGUAAACAGCCGAAUAGGAAAAACCAUACGAAAGGUUUACACUCCUAGCAGUCGAACUAGAACAUCAUACAAUAAAUCCCCCCCAAGAACGAGACAAAGCUCUGUGUUGAGGUUCAAGCAGUGAAUAGACAGAGCUGUGAGUUUAUUGUUCUUAUAUACACAUUCUUACACAUUAGUACCACCCACAGGGUUUUGGAAAACAACCAAUAAACACGUACAAUACACUCAGACACUCCCACACAAAAUCCUCCCCUCUGCCUGUGAUACAAUUACCUUACACAAUGGGUAAUGUAAUUAUCACAGGCAGAGAAAUACAGUUUUUCCACAUUAUUCAUAAUUUUAAAAGUAUGCAUUACAUUUUCAGAAUCAGCAUACUCCAAAUACAAACAUACAUCAAAAUCAUACAAAUUGGUCCAGUGGUUCAAAAGUUCGAUCGUAGUCCUUUGUGACCAAAUGAAGCAUGGCUUUUCUGCCCAAAACCAGUUCCACAGAGUCUUCUAUCCUGGAGAUAAUUGUAAUCCAAUUAUCUCCAAGGACAGAGGCAAAACUCCAUUGAACGCAGCAAAAGACAAUAAAAAUAUAUAACUGUGCAGCCAUUGCAUAAAACAGGUACAUUCAACAUAUCCCCAGAUAGCUCAGAUCUGAGCGCACAUUAUUACUGAAUGGCGCUCAGAUCACACACAUACAGUUAAAUUUCCAUGGAGCAAAAGUCUUUCCCAUAGUCUUUCAUUAUACGAAUGGCAUAGCUAUCUGGGGUAUCACUGCUCAAACAGGGCAAGCACCGAAUGACCCGGCUUCCGUGUCUUUGCAGGGGAAAAUCAAGCGUUUCAACAUGGGGCCGUAGUCUAAAGGGAACAGGCGGGCAACCAGGCUCCUCCAAUGCAAUGUGGUGAGAUUGCUCUCGUCACAAUAUAUAUAUAUAUAUAUAUAUAUAAAAUAAGUAUGCAGACAUACACACACACUUUCAUUCUAAGUGUAUUUUAAUAUAUAUAAUGGUAUAUAUUUAAGGGACACUAUAGUCACCCAGACCACUUCAGCUCAAUGAAGUGGUCUGGGUGCAAUGUCCCUCAGGUUUUAACACUUCAGAUGCAAACAUAACAGUUGCAGAGAAACUACUAUGUUUACAUUUGGGGUUAAUCCAGCCUCUAUUGAGAAAUGCUUUCCUAUGGACACAUUUAAUGCGCGCGCGACACUUGCCAGACAUACGCCUUCGGCUCCAGUGACAGGGGAGCUGACGUCGGCGGGGGAGGAGAGGUCACCAGCGCCGAGGGAGCCCGGCGCUGGAUUAAGGUAAGUGGCUGAAGGGGUUUUAACCCCUUCAGCGCCACGGGAGGGGUCCCUGAGGGUGGGGGCACCCUCGGGGCACUAUAGUGUUUUCCUGACACUAUAGUAAUCCUUUAAUAUUACAUGCACUUACAAUUAAAAUAUAUAUAUAUUAAUAAUAUAUAUAUAUAUAUAUAUAUCCCAAAAAAGUUAUGGUGGGGGAAAAGUGUGGAUGAGAACCCCUUCCUCCUGAAGUAAGUGGAUAGUUAAUACAUUGCUAAACACAAAUACACACACACCAGUCAAGCCAUAAGACUUGCUUUCCCCACAGAAAUAUCACUUUAACAGUGCUCUCACUACUGCAAGGGAUUCUAGGUAGACAUAUGUAAAUUAGCUUAACAAAGAACCAAAUUUUUGCACUUUAUACAUUGAUUCCUUGGAGUAUGUGUCUGCUGUAUACAACAGCUUUGAAACAAAACUCAGGAAGAGGAGCCAAGCCAGUGAACCACUCAUGGACAGCUGUUUCGUUGUUAAUGCAACUCAUCAGCAUGAGGUUGGUUACUGGUUCUUUGUUGCGCUCAUUUGCAUACGCCCCCCGUGAGGGCCAAGGCUUAAAUAGAUGAAGGGCUGCCUUCCUCUAUAUUGUUAUAUAUGGGAUUUCCAUAUUUAAUGAUAGCAAAUUAGGGACCUAUCUACUAAACAGUUGAAAGGUCAAAAUUAAAAGGUAUUUUUAAAUUUUGUUCCUUCAGCUGUUUAGUUGAUAGCUCCCUAAUUUCAUAUGCUUAUGUGGGAUUUACAUAUUUAGGGAUACCAAAUAAGGAAGUGAUUUGCUAGACAGUGCCCUAAUUUUGUAUCAUUAAAUAUGGCAGGCCCACAUAAGGAUACCAAUUUAGAGCGCUAUCUACUAAGCAGCUGAAAUAUCAAAAUUUUAAAAAGCCCUUUCUUUCAGCUGUUUAGUAGUAUGCUCCCUUAUAUGUGAUUGCUAUAUUAAAGAUAUUAAUCAAAAAUAUCUACUAAACAUAUACACAUUCUCAUGCACACAUACACCACAUGCACACAUAAACACUGACAUACACAAAAUCACAGACAUACACCCAGAAACAUUGCUAAAUUUGUAUGUUAGAAAAUCUAAAAGUUGACAUUAUCCUACUUAUGUAGAGAUACAUGCCAAUCCUCUCCCUGGUGGGUAGUGGUUGCUGCCUGCUUCACUAUACUGUUAUACUAUACUAUACUGUUCCUACACAGCUGCCAUUUGUGCAUUGUAGUGAUAUCAUAUAACGGGGGUGAUAUCAUAUAAUGGAUGUGGGAACAAGAGGAAGCUGUGCAGGAAGAGCAGAGUAAGUAUGUGACUCCCUUGUCACCCUUCAAAUUCUCUGCUAGUGUAUUUGGGCACAGUAUGAACCUGUUGUGUGGGUUGGCGAGCACCUACUCUGCCAAGUGAGAUCCCCCAAAGCUAGGGGAAGUCACUUGUCCCGCCUUAGGUUUGUGCGGGCACUGUUUGGGGACAGAUACCAAUGAUUUUUUCAUGGUCAUUUUCUGACUUGAAAAAUUGCAGGAGUAAGGUCUUACAAGGCCUGUAGCUGUAGAUUGCGGGCACUGUGUGUAUUAGGAUCUGUUAUCUGUGUAUAUAUAGGUGCUGUAGUGUUUGUGUAUAGAGGUACAGUGUGUGUGCAUGGGGAUAUAGUCUGUGUAUGAACAUACACCCCUAUACUUUGUGUAGAUAGGGUGUAGUGCGGCAACACUCUCAUUGGCUGGAGCUCAAGUGCAGAGGAGGCUCUAGAUUUUGAGGCUUUAGGAAGACAUCACAAAAUAUGCUCAUGUAUCCUUUGUGUCCAUACACCACUUUUGCCUAUAUCCCCAUCUCCCUUGUGUUUAUAUCCCUAUUACCCCGGUGAAAAUGACCGCCUUGUGUCUCUGCUCAUUGUUUCUAUGUCCCCAUGUAUCCAUGUUCCCACCUUGUGUCCAUGUCCCCACAUCUUCAUUGUGUCCUUGCCCCUCAGUGUUAAUAUUCUCCCUUUGUGUCUAUGUCCCCAUGUCUUCCAUUGUGGCCAUAUCCCAUUGUUACCCUUGCCCAUAUCCACCCUUGUGCCAUGCCCCCCAUAUGUCCAUGUCUCCCUUUGUAUCCAUGUUCUUCUGACCUCUUAGGUUUCCAUGUCCCCCUCAUGUGUCCAUAUCACUCCUUGUGUCCAUGUAACCCUCAUUUGUUCAUAUUUUCACUUGCAUCUAUGUCUCCCCUUGUGGCCAUGUCCCCCCUUUAUGCCCCCUUGUCCUAAUUGUGCCAAUGUCCACCAUGUGUGUCCGUGACCCUUCCUGGUCUCAUUUUGUGUCCUUAUCCCCCCCAUCUCUCUUUAAUCCAGGCCCCUUUGUUCAUCCUUGCGUGUAUGUCCUUCCCAUGUGGCUCUAGUGUCCAUAUCCCCUUUUGUUCAUGUUCCCCUUCUUUACUCCUGUCCCUUCUAUGUGAAUAUAUCCCUACUUGAGUCCAUAAAAACCCUUAUGUUCAUGCUACCUCUUUGUGUACAUACCCCUCCUCAUGUUUAUUCUCAUCUGUGCCCCACAUCUCUCCCUGUGCCUCCAUCUCCUUAGCUUUGAAGCAUGGCUGGGCAGCAUGGGAGUCAGAGUAAGUAUGCUCUGUCAGGUUAUGUUGUAGAGCUGGCGGGAUUAUAAAUUUCCCUAUUGGUGCACACACAGCAACCUUCAUCACAGAGUAGAGUCGCGCAGAGCAUGCAAGGUAAAAGGACGACUCCAACAAGAUGCUGCACUGACUAUCAGGGUACUUUAAGAAAAAAACAAAAAAUCUUUUUCAUUCUGGGUCUGGAAGAGCGUGGAGACUGUCUGCACAAGGGGAGAGGAAGCCUGGCAUCUAUGUUGUGCACAUGAGUAUCACUUUCUGUGUCAGUUGAACACUGUGUGCAGGAGCACAGCUCGCACACCCAAAGGCUGGCCCUGUGUGUCACUGUAUUAAAUAGGAUCUACAAUUAGAUAAUGAGUACAUGGGAAUAAGUGGACAGAUGUCCCAGGUUAGAAAAUGGUCACUACAAAGUUAAAUAGCUAGAUCUAAUUCUGGGGGAGGAGUCUGGCACCCUGCCAUCUUAAAACUUCACAAGCUGCCACUGUUCCAAGCAUUCUUUUUCAGGAUGCACAGUCACUAUUUUGGACCAGAAUCCUUUGUCCUAAUGUAACUCUUUCGUGGGAGCUCCAUAUUCUUGGUGUCUGAGUAUAUAACCAAGCUCCACAGAUAUAGUAUUCACAUUAACUUGUCUUUAAACUACAAUAAAUGUGUUUAGAAAUCAGUCUGUGUAAAUAAGAUACAUUGUGAUUUUUCUAAAUUACAUUUUACUUAUUAGUAAGAAACCUAACAUUUCUCAGAACAGCCCUGCCCAUGGCAACAUCCCCACUCACACCACUAAAAUUGUCACCCCCUCCAAACCCCCCCCCCCAAAAAAAAAAUUGUACUUCCUAACGAUAGAAUCUUUGUGAAAUACUAAUUUUGACUGUGUUGGAAUCACUGGCGGAUCCAGAGUCUUAUCUCGGGAGGGGCACUCAUAGAUUAUUUAAAGAAACAAUCCAGGCACAAUAACCACUACAGCUCUCUGUAGUGGUUAUGGUGCCAGGAGUGCCGUGGCACCCUCCCAGAGUAAAUAGUCAAACUGUUUAAGAACAGUUUGACAAUUUACCUGGGGUUUGCCAGGACAGGGCCUCUAGUAAUGUGUGUGUGUGUGUGUGUGUGUGUAUGGGAGGCAGUGAGUGUAUGGGGGUGGGUGCAGUGGGAGCACUGUGUGUAGGAGGCAGUGUGUGUUUGUGUGAGGGGUGCAGUGUGUAUAUGUGGGGUGCUGUGGGAGCACUGUGUGUGUAUGGGGCCAGUGUGUGUAUGAGGGUGUAGUGGGGGCAGUGUGUUUAUAGAAGUGCAGUUGGGGAACUGUGUUUAUGGGGGUGCAAUGUUUGUGUGGGGAAGCACUGUGUGUAUGGGGGAGAAUUGCCCCAUUGCCCCUCCCACCCCACGGAUCCGCCACUGGUUGGAAUUACACUAAAAUAACAACCUAGUCAAGAGAUAUACAGAGACAAAGUAGGGACUAUUUUGUCUUUGUAUAAUUCCAUCACCUGACUUUCUUAAACUCUACAGUGUCAAUCCCUACAGCUAUGACGGCUGCAGGGACCUGGCUCUGUCUGUGGAGAGUGUCACGGGAUCCUCCAUAAAUUUCUUCUCUUGUGCAUGUGCAAAGGACACAGCCGGAGGAAGAUUGCGGCACCCACGAGGGACCGGUUUAGGUAAGUAAAUCUCACCUUUACAUGUCCCCGGACCACCAGCAGCGGUGUUACCAUCUAGUUUUUUUUUGCAAAUUUGGCAAAGUCCGCAGAGGGUGACAGUGCCGCUUUUAAUUAAGUGUCCCUCUUUGUCUAUUUGAAUUGUUGGGAGGUACGUCAUUUGUUCAUGUGUAAGUGGGCUAUAUUUUGGUUUCCAAAAGUCUUGUUUUCACCACAGAUUUUCCAUAUGCUUCUGCUUUGUUUGGAAACAUUGGUUUAAUUUCAUGCAUUAGACAGAAAAUUUAAGACAAAUAUAUGGGGAAAUCAGGACUUCUGGACCCCAAAAUAUAGACCCCAUACCACCCAUCCAUUUGCCCAUGGACACAGCAACAGUGCAGUGUUUUUGUCCCAUACCGAUUUUUGUCUCGCUAUAACCAUGUUCUCUAUCUAAACUAGCUGCACUGUAGUGUAGCAUUCAAAUAAAGCUACCGUGAUUUGAAUCGUGUUCCUCUUCCGCCCUGACCGCCGCAAGGCAUGACGGGAGUUGUAGUUUCUCACAUCCUUUCCCCCUUUCACAUCUUCCUCUCCCGGCCGACACGGAACUGUGGGAGUACCAGCCCAGGUCAGUAGUGCACCUACUGUUCUCCCCUGACAUUAUAUCGGCCGCAGGUUUAAUAAACACAGUCCAUGGUGGAUCUGGGCGGAAAGGGCCAUAGCCAUCACGGCCCUUAGCUGAGACCUUGUAGCCCUGCUUCAUGCUGCGGCACAAACCUGCUGACACAUGUCCAUGGGAGGAGAGCGUUUAAUGGGAGUGGGGAAGGUGCUCACUUGAAUGACUUAAAAUGAUAAAUAUCAAUGUGUGCAUCCCUUUUGGUGCUCUUUGUGGGUUAUUGUGGGUGACAGUAACUCCAGUGCUGGAGCUUGCAGCCAGCACUUUAUAAUGUCUGUGUACUGUUAGCCAGAACAGCCUUAUUCACUAUCAUUACUGCUACAUCCCACUCUAGCUAUGAAAUAUUGGGGCUAUUCUGAUCUGUACCUUGAUGGUGGCUGAGAGUGUAUUUUCUUAAACCUCUAGUUACCUUAAUAUGUCUUAAAUCUCUAUACCAAUUUUUUUUUCCAUAGGGAUAAUGAUGAUGAAGACCACCCAUAAAUGAUUGUUACCAUAAUAUUUCAGAUAAAUUUAUAAAAUUGAUUUUAGAGUAACUUACGGUACUCAACUCUGGGGCUUUAACCAGAACUCUUCCUGUUAAUCAGUUUGAUCUUCACCAGUUCCCAUCAUGUCACUGUUCCAUGUUUAUUGCCCUCACAUUAUGUCACUUUCACAUCUCUCUUAUGCCCUACCAAAAUAUAUUUUUUUUCUUUCUUCCAUCUCUUCUGCCCUUCUGUUGUGUCAUCGUCCAUUCGAUUGCGCCCUGUUUUUAUUUUUUUCUCUCACUGCCUCCUGCCCUUGGCCUGUCUCCUAGCAACACAAACUCCACUACUAUGCAUUGGUGCAGCAUUCUUAAUUGGCACGCAAAGCAGUUUUAUUUAAUGCUCUUAUCUGCAAGGUUCUGCCAAUAUGCAUGGACUGGAUGACUUUGUCUUCAUUUAGAUAGGCUAACUGCCACACCAAAUAUUGUUGGGAGUAUAGUUCAUACGUACAUGAUGGUUAAUGACUUGGCAUUUCUGUAUUUUUAUCAAUUAAUCCCUUGCCCGCAGCACUGUUGCCCAUUCCAUUGCUUAGUAACUCAAAUUCUUUGUUGCAACAACAUUAUCCACCAAGCCAAGUGUCCAUGUUUAUCAUAGAUAUUCCACAUCAUUUGGGAUCUACACAAUCUAAUAAGUUGAUAUCUUCUAUCCCCACCAGACCAAUUUUAGAUCUGAUUUGGCUAGUUACUUGACAAAGGCUGAAACUUUCUCAUGUGUUGAUUCCAAUUCUGUAUACUUUGCUUCUAUUUUCUUGUGUGUUUAUCAUAGAUACAUGGUAAACUAAAGACUUAAUCGUUGUUAUACAAUUUUUUUUAUUUUUUUUACCCAAAAUCUGUUACAGUAGGUUUUAAUACAUAAAACAAAGAUACCUUAUAAAAUCCAGCCUUUAAAAUGAUAUUUACAGACUUAACUUAAUAGAUCUGUAUAGUCCAGGUUCUUCGAUACAGAGUACUGGAUUUUAACUGACCAACAUACUGUGGUCCCUGACCCAAUAAAAGUAGCAUGUAAAAAAAAAUCAGAAAUAUUUUAUAAUUGCUAUAUACGUUUUUCUUCAAUAGCUUAAUUUUGUUGCAUUAUUCACACCCUGCCUAUUUUUUUUCUCUUCUUUCUAUAGUCUCUACCCAGAUUUACCUCCAGACCAGUAUUGUUUCUUCUUCCAAUCCCUUCACCAUUUAUUCCUCCCUCCACCAUUCUCUGCCAGGUUCCCCUUGCCCUUUCUUACAGCUCCCCGGUAUCUUGAUUGAAUCCUCUCCUAUUCAUUCCAUCUUCCUUCUGCCCUCCUAAUUUUCUUUUUCCCUUUUUAUUCUUUAACUGCAUAUGUCUUGUUCUUCGAUUUCUACCUCCUCCACUAAUUUGUAUUAUCCUUGUUGCUCAGUGGAAUCUCUGCAUGAUUGAGACUUGUUGUUGAAGCGGGUAAUGCUGUUAAGAUGUUAGCUCUGUGUUUACUUCUGUUGUUUUUUUUUUCUUUCAUUCUUUUAGAAAGGCUAGGCUGUAAUACAUUUUGUAAAUCCUGGUGACUUAUGUACUGUGUAUCUCUUUAUUUUUCCUUGCAUCACUUGGGACGCGUUAUUCAAAUCUAAAAUUAAUUUCCCGUUAUCCUUUCUUAAAGGGAUACUAUGGUUACACAGAGCACAUCAGCUCAUUGAAGUGGUCUGGAUGCAGUUUCACAGUCCCACUUAGUCCUGCCAUGUAACACAUUGUAGUUUUUGUGAAACUGCAAUAAUUAAAUACGGUAAUUACAUUGCAGGACAAAGAAUGCCUCUAGUGGCUGGCAGACAUCCACUAGAGGCACUUCCUGGUGGCUAAAAUCCCCAUAGGAAAGCAUCUAAACAAUGUUUUAUAGGGAGGGCCCAAUGUGCUCACUGCGCAUGUGCAUUAGUACUCUCUAUAGGAACGCAUUGCUUCCCCUGUUGGAUGACAUCGGAGGAGGCAAGAUUGUGCUUGCGUACACAAAAGUUUUUUGUUCUUUUUUUUAGAAUUUUAUAAGUGGGGGGGGGAGGGGGAAAUCCCUUUAAAUUGCAAAAUAAUAAACUUAAUAAACUAUAAUAUAAAUUAGGCAAAAUACCUAUAUAUUGUAUAGAAAUAUCUGUUUAUGUUAAACCAGAAAUGUGACUUAUUUGUUCUGGAGGGCCAAGUUGUCCACUGAAAUGGGUAUGGAGGGUCAAAUGCAUACAACUGAUAUAUACACAUGCGAGCAAACAAAGAAACAGGCACAAAGAACAACUUUACAUAAUGUCGUAAAUGUAAAUGAUUACUUUCUUACAACAGUAAAAAAACAUUUCCUAUGGACGUCCGUGACUUCUCACUGUGAUUUUCACAGUGAGAAUCGCAGAAGCGCCUCUAGCAGCUGUCAGGGAGACAGCCACUAGAGCAGUGAUGGCGAACCUAUGGCACGUGUGUCACAGGUGGCAUGCCGGGCCCUCUCUGUGGGAACGCGGCCGUAGGUUUGGCAUCACUGCAGAGUAGGCACCUGCCUGCCCGAAACGGCAGGCGCCUACUCUGCUUCCUUGUCUGCAGGACCGGAAGCAGGGGGGAGGCAUCUAGGAAACUGCUCCACACCAUGGCAACGCUCCACACAGCAUUGCGGGGGAGAACAGGAGGGGUGAGGGGGGGAAAUACUGAUUCAGAAUGCUUUUAAAAAAAAAAAAAAAAACAUUUUUAAUGUAUCUUAAACUCCCCCAACAAAGCACCCUUACCCUCCCAACAGAGCACCCUUACCCCCCCAACAGAGCACCCCUAGCCCCCCCAACAGAGCACCCCUAGCCCCCCCAACAGAGCACCCCUAGCCCCCCCAACAUAGCACCCCUAGCCCCCAACAGAGCACCCCUAGCCCCUCCCAACAGAGCACCCCUAGCCCCUCCCAACAGAGCACCCCUAGCCCCCCCAACAGAGCACCCCUAGCCCCCCACACAGCACCUCUAAGCCCUGCAACCCUACCCCCCCACAGCACCGCUACCCCCUCUCACACUCAGCACCCCCAACACACAAACACAUACACUGCACCCCUCAAUGCAGUAUAUGUGUGUGUAUUCAGCAGUGUGUGUGUGUAUUCAGCGGGCUGUGUGUAUGUUUGUGUGUGUGUGUGUUUGUAUUUAACGGACUGUGUGUGUAUUUAGCAGUCUGUGUGUAUGUAUUAAGCAGUCGGUGUGUGAAUGUGUUCAGCUGUGUGUAUGCAUUGCAUUUGUUGGAGAUACUAAUAAAUAUAUGCUUAAUUUUAUCUAUUAAUAUCAUUAUUUAAAAUUUGUAUAAUUGAGCACUCUGUUGUGUCUUUUAAAACAAAAGAUGUUAACUAGUUCAGACAACUGUACGAGUUGUUUUUUCCGAACUUAAAUCUCAGUAUUCAGGUUUAAUUGCCGUGUUGGCACUUUGAGGAAAAAAAAGUUGACAUGUAUUGCGGUUUGGGCACUCGGACUCAAAAAGGUUCGCCAUCACUGCACUAGAGGCUGGAUUAACCCUCAGUGUAAACAUAGCAGUUUCUCUGAAACUGCUACGUUUACAGCUGCAGGGUUAAAACUAGAGGGACCUAGCACCCAGAACACUUCAUUGAGCUGAAGUGGUCUGGGUGCCUAUAGUGGUCCUUUAAGUUGUGUGUUUGUUUGCAUGUAAUGAAUGCAGGAUUCUAUUUUUGUGCAUUAAUUGCAUUUUAUUGCUGGGUUGUAUGCACUGACACAUAUGCAGAUACACAUGUACACAAACACACUUACACAGACACACAUAAAAGUAACAGUUCACAUUAAGUUUUAGCCACUCUCCUGUUUCCUUGCCUAUUGGGUGCAAGAGGGUGUCUUCCCUGGGGUCCAGUGAGAGCAAGAUGGUCAAGGUUGAUGGAAAUCCGAGGUUGGAGGUUUCCCUCCCGCAUCCUGUAUGUGUGUGCCUGCUGGAAGGAAGUGACCUGAACUCUUUCUCCCAGCAGGCCUGGGUAGAAAUGUAAUCUUUGACAGGGGCCCGGUUUGGUGUCCUAUUAAAGGGCCACAGGGACCGAUCUAACAAUCCUUCCAUAGGCCACCAUUUUGGGCUACGUAGGCCGUACGUUUCACAGCCCUUGGUUAACUCUUUUCAGAGGCAGUUGUCUAUAUUGCAGCAAAAAAGCAGUGCAAUGGAAGCCGAGAAUAUACAAUAUUUAGGACAGUUCAGUAGGUUCUAGCAGUGAGUCCAUUUCUAUGUUUGUUGUAAAAAAUGGACUUUAGAUCCUUUGCUUUGCAUUCAUAUAAUUGAUAUGUUUCUUUACCUGGGGAACAAAAAAAAACCAAGCUUAAUUAGCAUCUUAACAUUCAUUCAUCUCUUAUUAAUAAUUUACAAGAUAUACAUUAUGCAUCCUUUUUUUUUUUUUUCUCUUGAAUGAAUGUGUUGUUAAUAAUACAGAGGAUACAUGCUAUUGGCUGAUUAUUAACUCUGGAUUAGUUGCAUAAUGACUGUCAUGAAAUAUAGUUUCGAUACAUACAAAGAGAUAGGACUGCGCUCAAAUGAAACUGAACUAUUCUUAAAGAUUCAAAAAGAAAGGUUCUGCAGACAGUAGUGGUGACCAAACCACCAAUAUCACAGGUAGGAAAUAGUGAAAGUCAAGGCACUCAAUGUUUUUAAUAGCAUACUUUAAAGGCAUCCCUUGAGAUUUAAAUGAAUUGGAAGCAAACAGUAUCAUAUAGUGCUCACAUUUAUGUUAACCGCUAGAAAAAGUUUUAAUUCAUGUAUUCUUGUUGUCUUUUCCUUGGUGUUUUGAUUGUUGUGCACCUUUAUUGUCAGACCUUAUAAGGCCUUGAUACUCAAUGCAUUGGCAUUGGGACACUCAAAUGUAAGAAAUGUUUUGCUGAAAUGGUAGGCCCUGCAAUGGCUCACUAACCUAUACUGUCAACAAACAAAAUGUUCCCUAUAACAGUUAAAAGCUUAAUAGUUAAAUUAAAAUAACGUGUAAAAUAUGAAUAAUAUGUUGGGUCAUAGAUUUUUGUAUUAUUUUUGUCUGCAUCUAAUUUUACAAUUUUUCUCAUUUAACAUCCAUCCUAAUCCUAAUUUUCUAUGUUACAGGAGAAAAAGGAAUCUGAGAAUGGCAGCAGACUCCAUGGAAAUUGAUGAUGGUUUGUACAGGUUAGUAACGAUUAAAGGAACUCUAUACAAAUGUAUUGAUGAUCCUAUAGUGUUAAAAACACCAUCUAGCACGCCUGGCCCUGCAUUGCCCUCCCUAAAUAUAGUAACAUUUUACCUUUACACCAGUCAACUGCUGUUGUCUCUGAGGCAGAUCCUCAUAGAGAUGUAUUGAAUAAAUGCUUUUCUAUGAGGAAAGUUCAAUGUCUCCAUGCAGAAGGUGGAUACACCGAAUUGCAGUGCUGCACCUUUAGCAGCCAUCUGGAGGGCCACUAGAGGUGCCCCUGGGCUGUAACGUAAACACUGCCUUUUCUCUGAAAAGACAUGGUUUGCUGCAAAAAGUCUGAAGGGACUGGUUAUACUCACCAGAACUAAUACAAUAAGCUGUAGUUGUUCUGGUAACUAUAUUGUACCUUUUAAGUAAAAUUUGGAAAUUAAAGAAAUUGUUGAACUGAUGCACAGUAAUUUCGCAGUUUUUUGAUCAAUAGCAGCUAUAGGAAUAUGUGAAACGUGAAUGAUUGAACAUGUUGAAACCAGUACCGAAAGGGGUAAAGUUAUUGAGGCACUAGCUCUUUCACUAUUUGUAGUCAUUACAAAUGUGACUGUGACUAGCUUAAACACAAAGGUAAAUCACCACUAUAAAUCUGUCAUUUUAUCUUCACAUUCAUUAAUGGGAGGAGCUAACAGCAGAUUGCAAAGCUCGCUAGCCACAGUCUCUGUUUUGCUGUGUGCAGGGGUGUCUGAUACUUGUAGUUCAGAUGAACACCAUACAAAUUCAUUCCCACUAGGCACUCGCUCAAUGAAGAUAAAGUCACAGCCCGCUGGAAAUCUCAUAGUAUUUUCCAUAAUAUAGGAAAGAACCUAUAUCACAAUUGCUUUAUGCAUUUAAAAAAAAAAAAAAAAAGGCAUGAGUUGGGCAAAAUAAACGCAUUGUCCUUUCUCAGAAGCAGCAAUGUUUUACAUUGUCAGACAAAACGGGAAGCACCUAUACACCAAAAUGUUAAAAUGUAGUGGUUUUGGUGUUUGGAGAGUCAUAUUUAUAAGUAUUCUUCCUUUUUAAUUUUAUUAACAAUUUUUUAUGGUGCAUUGUGCUUUUUACACUGCUAUAAAAAUAGAUUUUUUUUUUUAUAAGCACUGGGUCUUGCCUUCUAUGAAUUCUCGUACAGCAAAGAUUUAUGGGUUGUGUAGUUUGUCAUCACAUAGGAGUGGAAUGUUUUUAUAAUUUGGUAGCAGCCACACAAGUGCUGCUUUCAGUUUAUAGACAGCCUAGUUCAGUUUUAUACACUGAACACUGUAAAGUAAUUAACAUAGUUGCCAAGCAUUGACUCUGCUCUCUUUCCAGGGGUUGAAUUAUUAAUCUCCGCUGAUUUUUUUUGAAGAUUUAAUAAAAAAAUUCCUUGAAAUAAUCAUUUGCUAUUGUUGCUUAAUGAGACUGGAUUUCAGAUCAUUUUUAAAAGGGACAUUCUGGGCACCAUAACAACUUCUCCAUUCAUUUAGUUUUGUGAAUUGGGAUGCUCUCAGCCUUUUAGCAGCUCCCAGUCUUAAGGCUUACUGUUUCAAGUCUCUAACUGCAAUGGACAUAGCUGAGCAGAGCUGACUGGUGUUGGGUUCAAGACUUUGGGGUUAAACCGUUCAUUAAUGGUUUAACCCCUUCAGGUAAGUUGGGGGCUUCAUUGCACCAUAACAGCUUUGUUUCAAUGGCAUAGUUAUGGUGCCCGAAGUGUUCUUUUAAGGAUUUGCUCAAAGGAAUUGGGUUAGUAGUCCAACUUGUUUUAUACCUUAAUUUUGAUUUCUUUUUCCAUCUGGUUAAUUAUAUGCCUAUAUUGUCUUUCAGUCGACAGAGGUAUGUUCUGGGUGAUACGGCCAUGCAAAAGAUGGCACAAUCUCAUGUGUUCCUUAGUGGGAUGGGCGGACUUGGCGUGGAGAUAGGCAAGUACCUUUCAAUUUAGUAUGUGUGCCCAUUUCCAUUUUUCAAAACUUUUUAAGUAGUUACAUUUUAAAAACCAUUUAUAUACCUGCACAGACACAUGUUUGAGCUAAAAUCAACUAAUUCAUUUUUGUUAAAAGAAAUAAAUAAAUGUUUGCCUCAUUACUGGGAAUGGCACCAGGGUAAACAAAGUAUCAUCAGUGACUGUGGGGUCACUUUUAAUGCGUUAAUGCAACUUUUAGCUGAAGGAAUACAGCUAUUUUGUAUAGAUAGUGAACACAAGCUUUUAUUUUUUUUAACCUGUGUAAGUAUAAUUGUUUUGUUUUCAAAACGUUUUGUUGCUAAUCCUUGUAACAUUUGCAAUUAUGUUUUGUUUCCUUUAGCAAAGAACAUUGUUUUAGCUGGAAUAAAGGUAACAGCCCAUUGUUUAGAUAAGAUGUCAGUACUAUUUGCAUGUAAACAAAGGUGACUGAUGUCCCCCCUGCCAUUCAUACACCCAUUAUAACCCCAUAUCUUUUCCAGAACUUAAAGAACGCUUCUGUUACUUCUUUGAAUUGCAUGUUUAAAUCUCAGAUCAUACCCUUUGCCUCUAAGGCACUUGCCAUCUUACAAUGCCAAAACGCUACCUGCACAUUAUCCCAAAUCCUACAUUUAAAUAACCAUUUUUGUUCCACUGUAGUGGCUGUUAAAGUGUAAGCUCACUUGCCAAUAUCAAGUCAAAUGUUUGGUUUGUUUUACCCUAACUCCUAGAUUUGCUCUAACCUAUUUUAAUUCACCUUGCUGCUUUUUUUUAGCUAAAAGGUGAGACACAAAGGGCAAUACUUAUGAUCCUCUUAACUUAUUAAUCCUUCAUGGGGUAGUUAUAUAUGGUGUAAUGCAAAAGCAAAUAAAAGCACAAAAGCUAAUCCUGUACUCAAACGUCCACCACUCAUGAGCAAGAGCGACUGCUAUAGUAGUCAUCAUUCAUAAUUUCUCUUUCUUCUCACGCCACCUCCCUUUCUUUACCAAGCACUUUCUCCUUUUUCACAGUUACUUUAUUUCUCAUCGUUCUUUCUCGAACCUCUUAUUUUCAGAUCUAAAUUUCCAUAUCUGAUACACUUCGGUACUGACUCACUCUUCUUCUAAGACCCAUUUAUCUGUUUUAAUUGAACCCCAAGGAUUUAGCCAUUUAGUCACAAUAGGUGCUGCAAGGUAACCCUGCACAGCUUUACCGCAUAUCAGAAUUUCACAUCCCUCCCUCCUCUGUGUGAUUACAUGUUGAGCAGAGGAACAUGUGUAACCAUAAGCUUGGUUGCCCAUCUGUGCACAUGUCACUGUAAUCACAAGCCAGGACACUGUGUAAAAGUAGUGUUCUAUUUCUCACGCAAUGGCACCUUUCCUUGAUUAUACAUGAAUGGAACAUUAAACAUUCUAUACAUUGGGAAAAAAGAAUUGAAGAUAUUGAUAACAUAGUUGGAUUCAUGAGUUACCUUUCUGCUUCCGAUGAUUAUUAUUAUUAUUAUUAAUUUAUUUAUUUUUUCCUCCCUUUUUCCCAGGCAUUGACAAUCCAUGAUACUAGGACAUGUGAAACGUGGGAUCUUGGAACCAAUUUCUUUAUUAAAGAGGAGGAUGUAAAAAAUCAGAGAAAUAGGUGAGUGUAUGUCAAUACAAAAAUCACUUGCAAUUUACUCCUUUGUCUGUUGGCUUGAAAGCUUCAUGAUAUAGGGAAUCGGUUAUCUAAAAUAAAAUCUGUGUGAUAUUAUAUGCAAAAUACACAAUACAACAAUAGUAGGUUUCAAGCAAAGCAUAAUUAUUAACACGCAAUACACGUUGUACAUCUUUUCUUUAUUAAGAAGAUUUCUACAGACCGUUUGGUUCUUUUUGUAAUAUAAUAAAGGGGAAAGCUGGUAACCAUGCAAAAACACACUCCUAAAAAGUUGUAAAGGCGAAUCGUAAUAUUCUACAUACAACCACAGACUUAUUUUGGAAAACCAGAGGCUUUCAACUUACUGUGAAUUUUCUGUAAACUGAAAAAAGGCAGUGUUGUGCUGUCUGCACAAUUCCAUGCUUUGUUUUCGGACGAGUCCUUGUAUCUGAAUAGCAAUUAAUUCCACUUCUGUUGACUAGAGGUGGACUUGUCCUGGCGGGCACAACUUUUUUUUUAUUAAACAACAUUAAAUGUCAUCUGUGCAUUGGAGUACUAGCAAACGUAUAGAUUUUGUUUUGAUUUUUUUUUUUUUUUAAGAAAAGUGUAAAUAAGAAAUAUCCCACUACCUAUAUGUCAAAGAAUUCUGUGUUCACAUCAAUGCUGACAGCAUAGACAUGAAUGUCAAGGAUGAAUUGACAUCUAGAACAGAAGAAUACUCCUGCAGGCCAUUCAACUGCUUGGCUAAACUGCAAGUGAAUUCUGGCAAUUUUCCAGAUGAUCAUAUGGAUAAUGUGAGAGACAUGACUGUUGACACUGCAGAUGUGUUAGUAGUGAAGUUAGCCUGUUAUUGUGAUAGAUUUGCACUGCUUGGGUAAGUGUGAUUGACAUUCCCAAGAAGGGCCAAUCAUAUAGGGGUUAUUACAAAAGCAUAAUGCUAAUGAAACCAUAUCGGCUGUACUGAAAAUGGGGUAUGUAUAUCCUCUUCAUCUAUGAUGACUUUUUUAUUUGUUGCAAAAAGAAUUGCUAGCACUUUAGCACGUAUAGGGAUCUUGUUGUGUUAUCUUCAAGGGAUAUGAAAAUGAAGUGGUUAUAGUGUCAGCGGACAACAUCAGCCAUUAACUGUUCACUCAUAAAGUGUGUACAGCUUAAAAAUGUAAGUAUGAUUUAGUGCUCAAGCAAAUGCUUCCACAUUAGCCAAGCACGAGGGGCAGGCCCCCAGGAACACUAUUUCUCUUUUAAACUGCUGGAAAAAAGUUUAACACUGAAUGGUAAGAAUUUGUCUGGGGACUCUAGGCAUCAUAACUACUUCAUUGAAAUGAAGUGUUUAUGGCACCUGGAGCAUCCUUUUAAGCGUUUGCAUGAUUGGCAAGUGUAAAAGAUUGAAUCCUUAUUGAUGUCUAAAACUGUUUGUUACAGAGCUGAUGCAUGCCUUCGCCACGUUGCAGAGCUGAAUCCUUAUGUCCAAGUGACAUCCUCAACUAUGCCUCUGGAUGAAAGCUCCAGUCUCGCUUUCCUGAAGCAGUAUCAGGUAUUGGCACGUCCACUAAGAAUACCUUAUUGUGUAUUGUGCAUUGUUCUUGCAUUGUUCUUGCUCAUCAUUAAUGCCUGUGGGAAUUCUUGUAGAUAAAUCAUUAGGGAGGUUUUUCUAACUGUAUUGAAUUAUUUGGAAAGCUUAUUAAAUCAAACCAAAAGUAAGAAACCACCAUUGCACGGUGUUACAUUGAUUUAUAGCGUACAUGUAUGAGAUCAAGUUGAUUUAAUGUAUGGGCCUGCUCAUUUAUCUUUGAUAAUCGAUUGUUAGUGCUGGUUGUAUGCAGCCAAUAUAACUUGCAGUUGUACAGUAUUUUUCUCUGCGGAUAUGCAACUGAACUUAGUACUGUAAAUUAUUGGCAAAAUUUUGAAUUGAAACAAUUGUCUAGCAUGGUUAUUUUAGUCUAAAAUUUUCAAUUCUUUAGUCUGUUCUCAGUUUAGAAUGGUGCAGUAACAUAACAAAAUGUUUGACUUUAGCAGUUGUAAAUAAUUUUUUUCUUGUUUUCCUUUUCUUUUUAAUAAAAUUUAGUAUGAAGGAAUAAAGACAUAGCUCUGCAGUGGUGACAAUAAUACACACGAACCUACAAUGAAUUGGCAAAUAUUGCAGUAUGAUUCGAAGGUUUCACUAUGCUUAUACAAAAUACAGGUGUACCUAGCAACAUGAGGAAACUCAAUAUGUCACUCUGAGAUCACAGAGGCCUCAUUUUAAAUUAAAAAAAAAUAAAGACAUAGAAUACACAGUGCGUUUAAGUUGUAGCUAAAGAGAAUAUAUUAAAAUAAAGCAUGACAUCUGCACUGGUAGCGAUUGCAACGUGAUUUUAACUAGGGGAAAUAUAUUAAAUGUGGAGAUACAUGGCUAUAUUAACAAGAGAGAAUUGCCACUGGAUGGUAUAAAUGAGACUACAGCAUAUAUUUUAUAUUAACAGAUUUAUUAGAUAACCUAAUAUUAAAUAUUCCUAACUGGGGGAAAAAAAAUCAAAUGGUAAAAUAAGCUACAUUGUAGAGAGGGUCUGUAGCCUACUCAGAGUUCAGCAGUGGGCCAUACCUGCCAGAUCCAGGCAGAAGUUGGUCAAAGACUCCACAGAGUAUUCCUCAGGAGAAUAUGUAGGAUGUUUUCCAAAAAUGUAAAGGUUAAGUUGAUUAUUAGGCUUCGUAAGAGUUUUUCCCUGAGGCGCUCCAGCCACAUGCGACUAUCUCGGUCAGCAAAUACAUUUUUGUUAAUGUAUUACAGUUUUACAGUUGUCAUUUAAAUCUGGUAAUGCCAAGACAAGUGGCAUUUUUUAAAUUAACACUCCAAGCACCGUGACCGCUACAGCUGUCCCGGGGCACCUUCCCUCAUGCCCCCUCCUCCCAAUGUAAGUAGUCAAACUAUUUGCUAACCGUUUCACAACUUACAUGGGGUUCACCAGGUGCCUGUCACUUCCAAGAGAUGGAAACUCCUGGUUGGAGCUUCCACAAGCUUUCCUGAGCUAAAAUAUCAGAUGAUUGCCAUCAGCCAUUUAAGUAAACCACAGAGUGCUGUAGUGUUUAUGGUUCUUGGAGUGUUCCUUUAAAUAAUGCCACUUGAGAUUUCAUUUCCAGAUUUAGGACUUCUGUGGUGGUGGUGGUGGCAUUGUUGUUGUGGGUUUGUUUUGUUUUUUUUAAUUCUGUUUCUGUCAGGAUUCCAUUUGACAUUUUAGAAAAUUGAUGUUUUAAUUUAUCUGAUCUAAAACCAUUACCUAUUUGUUUGUUUGUUUGUUAGUGUGUCAUACUGACUGAGACUAAACUGCCUGUGAGAAAGAUGGUCAACAACUUUUGCCAUUCUCAACGGCCUCCAAUAAAGGUAAGCAAUGUAAUCCGAGUGUAUAAGGGUGAUUAUAGUACAUGUUUCCAGCUAUCAAAUAUUGGCUAUUUGUGUCCGUUGUGCUAUUUACUAAAUAAAAUGUCACUAAAAUGGCAUUAUCUUUGGAGAGUACUGGAUCUUUCAGCACCUCAGGAAGUGCUCAUCCAUUUUGAGUUGUAUGUGGAAAAUUUGGCUUCCAGUACAGCUACUUUUGGUUUUAAAUUUGAAAUGUUGGGGCGGAGUCUGAACGCCAAGCAGAGAGGUUGCAUGCCAUGCGAGCUCCCACACCAACAGACAAUUUUCGGGAUAAACCCGAGCACCCACACUUGUCCACCGACUCGCGGACAAGUUGCAGACCACAUAGACACAAAACUCAGGCACCCAAGACGCACGGGGCCGCGGAGGCAAACUGGGGCCUACAAGCCACGGGGCGGCGGGAAAGGCGGCCGACUUCCCCGCUCUUCUUUGGACCAGUGGGGGUUAUCCCGGUACCCACUAGGCGAGCCAAACCAGACCUGGUGAAGCUGCAACCUAAAUCUAGCAACCCAAGAUGGCGGACGCCAGACCUCCCGACAUAACACAAGGCACGACACAAUCAACACUGUCAAAACUAGACGAGAUAUUGGAGGAAUUCUGGUGAAAAAUCGAGGAGAGACGGCAGAGAGCAACCUCGCAACAUCACUCACCCCAGGCAGCCCAGCGGUCCAGGCCGACCCCACAGAGGCGGAAUGGCUUCACACCCAGGCGCUGAAAGAGAGCACGAACCGGGCAGUCGACCACAGGGAGUAACUCUGCUCACAGAGCCCCCCCACGGACACUCCCUCCCAAAAGAGGACUCAAACUGACACUCCGAGAGGCGCAUAGCCCAAACACCUGUGCCACACAGUCCCCCGGAGCUACCAGAGGCUCACCUUCAUCGAAGGAAAGGCUUCACCCUCGGCACAUGCAGGCCCAUCCCUGCCGGUCUGGGGGGGGGGGCAAGGUAGGGGACCAGCCGCCCAGCCCCAUCAACCCCCCAGACUGCAACACCGGCCCAAACAAAGGCUUAGCGCCGCAUCACGGCAACUGCUGGACAAACUCUAUGGACACCAUCGAGACCACGUCCCCAUGGCAUCUGGCCCCUUAACACUACUACCCGAGGGAUACCAAGCAGGAGCGCUUGGAAAAGACCCCCACAUGUGGCACCUGGAAACUCCUGCACUACGAAGGGGCAUCGGCUUAUUCCCUUACCUCACUCAGGGACACCCAAACAGCUCUUUGGGGGCCAGAUCCCUCUAAUGACCCGUCGACACAGCAGGCUGAAAGGAAAGCAUUUGGCAACCGACGCUUUUUGUAUCUACCUGAGCACACUUGGGCGACCGGCGCCUUUGGGGGGAACCCAAGAUCCCGGAUGGUUUUAAGCUGCUUACCUUGUUAAUGCGGUUAAAUGCAAUGUAAAUGGCGUGACUUUCUUUGGUUGCAGAAACACCUUUAGACACGACCUUGCAUGCACUUACAUAAUGUCUCAGCUAGUCCACUUAUAGAAGAUAAACAUGUAACAUGCCUAGUAUAACCUAUAAGCAUUAAAUAAUCUAAGCCUACUAGUGGAUAUAAAUGUUUAACCUAUGACUUGCCAAGCAUGCACUACACACGAACACCACAGACAAACAGGAAAGCUUAAAUUGUAUAUGCUAAGUCUAUCCACUGUCUAAACCUCCUCUCAACAUAAAUUAAAAACCUGUGCUGUGUACUCAUAUGCCAUGUUGUGAUUAUGUUUGUUACUGCUUACGACUGCCAUCGUGGCUGAGUAAGCCUAUUGUUAUACCAUGCACAACAAAAAAUAAAGAAUUAAAAAAAAGAAAAUGUGAAAUGUUAUCCUCUUAGUGGUCGAUGACUUUUAAGACCGUAUGCUAGUAUUGAAUGUCCCGUUUUUUUUUUUUCCCCCUUCAUUCAUUUUCGCUCAUUAACUUUCCUUUUUGUAAUAGGAUCCUUGAAAUGGUGGUUUGCUAUGAGAUAUUACAUGAUUGGUUGAUCAAAUUAGUCUAAGCAACAAAAUGCAGACACAGUGAGUGCUAGAGUUAGAUGGGUAAAUACAACCCGCUCAAAAAGUUUAGAAGUGAAGGGGAGUAGUGAUGUGGCAUGGUAGUUAGGAGAGGUAAGGUCAAGAGAUGUAUUUUUAAUGAUAGGAUUAACAAUUGCAUGUUUGGACGAUGGGAAGAUGCCAGUUGUCAAGGAGAGGUUUAAAAUAUGCAUUUGGGCUGGGACCAGACUAAGGGAAGAGAUCGGUGAGAGGGGAGAACGAGGAUAUCAGAAGUUUGGAGACCUCUAGCUUAGAGACAGGGGAAAGGAGUUAAAAGUGGAAGAAGGUACAAAAUGGAAGCCAAGUAUUGUGGGGGAGAAGGAAAGAGGGGAGACUGCAUUCCUAAUUUGGUUGAUCUUGUCACUAAAGUGACAUUGAAAAUCACCAGCUGUGAGGUUAGUUGAUGGCGGGGUUGCAGUGGGGCGAAAAAGAGUGUUUAAAGGUAUGUAAGAUGCGUUUGAGAUCACGAGAGUAGGUGGAGAUAAGAGAGGUAAAGAGAGGUAAAAUACUCUUGCUUGGCAAGGGAAAGUGCAGACCUAUAGGAUGUAGCAUAAUUUGUAAUGUAGGAAGUCAGGUGUGGUGUGAGACUUUCUCCAGCAACGUUCUGCAGUAUGGGAGCAUUGUUGGAGAUAGCGGGUUACCUUACUGUGCCAGGGUUGGAGGCAUCUCUAACGCCUUGAGUGAGCUUUGAUAGGUGCAGCAAUAUCUAGAGCAAUAGACAGGACAGAAUUAUGGUAUGCCGAAACUGGAGGGGGACAGGAGAGAGUUGUGAGGGGAGAAAGUGGAAACUAGAGAGAGGAAGAGAACUGAUGUAGAUCAAGUUAGUUUAGGUUUUUGAAGGCUUUAUAUGAGCUAGGUUUAAUAUACUGAGGGAGGGGCCAAUUGUCAGUGCAGGUUUGAAGGUGGUGGUCAAACAGAGGGAAAUGUGUAUUAGAGACAUUAGAGACAGAGCAAAGGUAGGAGAAAACCAGGUCAAGGUUAUUGCCCGGCUAUGUGUGUAGGGUGGUUGGUAUUUUGAAUAAGGAAUGAAGUAGGUGAUAGAAGUCUAGAUGCUGCUGAGUUGUUUGGUAGGUUAUUAGGUAUGUUGACGUCACCAAGGAUGAGGGAAGGAAUGUCAAAAGAGAGAAACUAAAGCCAAGAAGCAGAACAUUGGUUGAGAAAGGGUAGAGUACAGCCAGGGGGGGCAGUAGAUUAGAGCAACAUGGGCUGAGAGAGGUCUUAAGAGAUGGAUGGAAUGGACUUAAAGAAACUGAAAAGAAAUGAGAAGAAGGGGGAAAGGUUGGAAGGAACCGUGAGGGAGGCAAAGUUAGCAGUGUCAGAGGGAGAUAAGGAGAUCCUACAUGGCAGAUGAUUUUAUGGUAUUGCAGACUGAGUUUGCAUUGCAACAGGCACAGCAAAAAGAAUGGGAUGAGGUUGUGUGACAUAUAUGGGACUUGAAUGUGUGUUGUAUUUUGGGUUUUACAUGAGGAGAGGACAAGCAGAUAUGAGGAAAUUUGUCAUGGGACGAAACAAGGGGUGAAGGAAGUAUAGAAGGAGCAACGUAGAUUUGGUUACUGGUGGGUGGAAGGAAAGGUGAAAUAGGCUUAUAUAAUACCUAAAUGGGCAUACUUAUUUAGUAUGCUCCCUCUCUCGAUUUCGAGUUAUUGGCUGAAUAUGUUGCAAUCUAGUAUUACAGCGUAUGUCUGGAGAGGGAAGAGACCAAGAAUUAGUACUUACCAUCUUUCAAGGAAGGCCUUCCAGGGGGGGUUGGGUUACCCCCUUGUUAAUCAAAUUUAUCAGGCUAAUAUACUAGUUCAUGCCAGCAAAUUACAAUUAAUCGACUCUAUAGACCAAGCUUGGUAUAAAAUCGAAGCAGCCAGACUCGGUUUAGACAACCUUGAAUUUCUCUUAUGGAGAGAGGCUAGUCAGAACAGGUAUUUGUGUGAAAUGGGUUCUCAAUGUCCUUUGUCCUUAUUACAGACAUUAAAAGAAUGGACAUCUAUAAAGAAGAAGUUGAAUAUUAACAGAAAAAUUUACGAGAAUUUGAGUUUGAGGUCGCUGGAAAGUUUUAUGGUAGAGAUAAACCUGACAAAUUGGUAUAGAGAUUUUAAUUAUAAGAUAAAAGAUCUCUAUACGGACCAUCAAUUGAAAAGUUUUGAUGUUUUGAAAAAUUGGUUAGAUUUACCCUCUAGAGAACUAUUUAAUUUCCUUCGUAUUAAGAGCUAUCUGAAAGAUAAUAUAUUGGUUCUAGAAGGUCGACUUGGAUUAAUCUUCAGGAAACUUUUUUCGGGGGAUCCUGUCAAAAGGGUUUUCUCUAUUGCAGUCGAAUUAAUAAAGAUGAUAGGGACUCCUCUUAUUCCUAAAGCUUUAACCAAAUGGGAAUCCGACUUAGCAAUUUCUAUUCCUUUUAAAAGUUGGUGUAAAUCCUUUGUGAGGACCAAAAAAACUAUUCAUUGUUUGAAUAUUUUAGAGACCUUUAUUAAGGUGUUGUAUAGAUGGUAUUUGGUUCCUAUUAGACUUGCUAAAAUUUCUAUUACUAACCCGUCUAAUUGUUGGCGAUGUUUUCAGCUUGAUGGCUCAAUGAUUCAUAUAUGGUGGUCUUGCCAUCGAAUUAAAUCUCUUUGGAUGAUUACAUAUGAAUUUAUAAAUAGAUUGGGAGGUUCUUAUUUGGAAUUCAAACCGGAAAUCGCUCUACUCCAUCUUUUGGGCUCAGAAAUUAAGGAUAAUUUUGAUAUUGUGAUCAUACACUGCUUAAUGGCUACUAAAAUAUUAAUUGCUAGAUUUUGGAAAAGUAUUGAUAUUCCAACGAGAGAUCAAGUUAAAGCACAACUUUUAUUUCAAGUCGAGAUGGAAAAGGGAUUAUUGUCUAUGAGAGAAUAUUCUAAUUUGAAGGCUUUGACGUUCUAUUCAAGUCUUGUCCAAAAAAUUAAGAGGCUUUAAGGUAUAUGAUAUAGUGGGCUCCUUGUAUGACUUCUUUGCGGUGGGAAGGGUGUUCUCUUUGGGGGUUUUAUUACUAGAUGCCUUGGCCUUAUAUUGCUUUUUCUUUUUCUUUAAGUGUGGUUCUGGAUCUGCAAUACAUACGACCAGUUUUGUCUUUUGUCUUUGUUUCUUUUUAUGUUUAAUACAUUUAUAAGGUUCAGUACAGGCCGUUUCUGGACCACGAUAUGCAGUCGAGGGGAUGUAUAUGUUCCCAGAUUAUGUCCUAGACGGCUUAUUGAUGUAAUUUGAAAUAGAACAUUGUAUUUUGUAUGUUUAAUAGGGAUGGGAGUCCUUUUUUUUUUCUGUAAGGUUCCCUCCCUUGGGUGUUGUCUUUGUUUAUUAAUAUUUCAAAAAAUGCAAUAAAAAGAAUUAAACAAAAAUAAAAAAGGUGAAAUAGGUGCCAUUUAAAAAGGGACAAGCAAUGGGAAUUAAUGGUCCAUAGAGUUGACAAGGAACAGCUUUAGGCCUGAUGACACAGAUACUAGGUGUGAGAUAUUCUAUCUGUAAGCACACAGCAUAAAAUUCUAGUACAAAAAUUAUAAAACAAAAGUAGGAGCAAUUGUCAAAAAGGGAAUACAGCAGAUAUAGGUGGGAUGAUGAGUAGAUGGAGUAUCCUAGGUAUACCUUGCAGCUCUUAGGGUAAGGCAGUCUCUGAGCCUGCAGCAACUAAUAUCAAGCAUUUCAAACACUUAACUCAUCCGUUGCAAUGAAUACUUUGUAGACCCACGGUUAUUAGUAAUAUGUUCUUGGAAAAAACAUUUUUUCUGAUUGGAUUUUUUUUUUUUUUUUCAGUUCAUCAGCUCUGAUUCCUAUGGUAUUUGUGCCUGCCUCUUUUGUGACUUUGGUGAUGAAUUUGAAGUACUAGACACCACAGGAGAAGAACCAAAGGAGAUCUUUAUUUCUAAUAUAACACAGGUAAUGAAUGUGCUAGAAUCCCUUAAAGAAAACCAUGUUGCAUGGUUUAAAAUAUUUUUUUUGGUCAGUUCUCCAAUAGUUAAGUUGUGUGUUCUGAUUUUAUACAGGUUUUUUUUUUUUGUACAGAAUAAUUUGGUUGCUUUUUGUUUGUAAAACAGAAUAUUCAAAGACAAUCUAUCAAAGGGCAGCUUAUGCAUCAUAACCACUGUAGCCCACUGUGCGUGGUGCCAUUUUGCCUUGGCACUGUCUCAUAGCAAGGAGUCAAAGGGUUUUUGAACAAUUUUACACUUAACUUGGUAUUUCAUUUAUUGGCUGACCGUGUCAGCAGACACUCUGUGUAUGUAUGAAAGAGUUGCUCCAACUACCAUAACCACUUCUGCUUUUAGAAGUGGUCAUGGUGGUAGGAGUCUGUAUGUGCAACCUUUUUGUUUGAAACACUGCACUUACAGAGAAAUAUAAACUUUUGUACUUAGGCAGCCCAGAAUUGUGUUCUAGGCUGCAAAUGAUCAAUUCUGUGCAAAAAUUACAUCGGUCGUCUGCACGUUCUGGCAACAUAUGUUAUUAGCCUCUCCCUUGCAUGCAACAUUAAGCUUCCCCUUGCUGCGAAAUACUGACCUGCCUAGAAGAAAAUUAUUUAAAUGGGCACUAUUGUCACCAGAGCAACUGCAGCUUAAUCUAGUGCUGGUGUCUAUAGCAUGUCCCUGCAAGUUUUUAAUAUAAUGGGAAAGCAUUGGAUUGGCUGAGAUUGUCACAUUUGAUCUCAACGACAGAGGCGGUGCCAUGCUGGAAAAAAGGUAAAUAAAAUACCUUUUCAAAGGCAGACAAGUGCCUAAAGAGUGAUAUUUUUUUUUUUUUUUAACAAUGUAGUGUCAAGAAUGCAUGUGUUCCGGACACCAUUUCUGUUGUUCCGUUAACUAUUUCUGUUGUAAUUCAGCAAGUUAUCGUAGCAAUGUCAUCUAAUGAUGUUUUUUGUUUCAAUUUCAGUCUCUUUCUGGAGAAGUUACCUGUUUUGAAAACCGUCCUCACAAACUUGAAUCAGGGCAGUUUGUAACUUUUCGUGAAGUCCAUGGAAUGACAACUUUAAAUGGAUCCAUGCAUGAGAUCUCUGGUAACUACUUUGACAUCCCUUCUUGCGUUAGACUAAAUAAAACCGAUCGUGUCCUUUAGUUUGACAUCUCUUAAAGAACAGUUGUCUGCUGCCUGUCCCUUAAUGCUUUUUAAUGUAAAUCCUGCCCUUUUUUCUGAGAAAAGACAGUGUUUACAGUACUUUAUUUUUUUUAUUAUUCUUAUAUAUUUAAUCCUUUUAAUUUAUAUACAUUUUGUAUUUUCACUACACUCUGACUUCACAACUGUCUUCGGAAAGGUAGAUUUCUUCAUUUCUUUAUUUAAAGGCCACAUUCAUAAGUAACGCAUGUCAAAGUGUGCAACCUUCAAAAUAUAGGUAUGCAUUAUACCAUAUAUUUUGGUUGGGUGACAAUAUCUGCACAUCCAUUCCUGGUGGAGAAUGUAAUUUAAACUUUGCAGAUUGCCAUAUCUCCUCCAUUUAUGUGUAUACUAAUGUACCCACAUACAUACAUCUCAUCGUCCUUCACAGCUUGAGGUAUUUCUGUUUUUUGUUUUUUUAGAAUUAGCUGUAACAACCAUCGGUCAAGAAAGUGUACAUACCUUAAAGAAAAGGAAUUAUGCAAUAAUUCCAACUUAAAAUAACUUCUCCGUACAACAUUAGUCUGUUUCUUAUUAGCAUGUUAAAAUGCAAUAUAACCUUUAAAUGAAAACUGAUCUAAUUAUUCUUCUUUCUCUGCAGUUCUGUCUCCCUAUUCAUUCAGCAUUGGAGAUACAUCACAAAUGGAGCCCUACCAGCAUGGCGGCAUAGCUGUGCAGAUUAAAAUGCCAAAAUCCUUUUCAUUUGUAAGUAGCAUGCCCUCUGUAGGAAUCUAAUUCAUAGUUUUACAGUUUGUAAUGGUGGUGUGUUCUGUUUAUGUAGUUAAAAUAUAUAUGAUUUUUUACUUGUGAAAGCCCUGCUUCUACCCACUGUCUGCAAAUCCCAAGGCAUAGCAAUUGUGUAGAAUGUAGAUCAUGGUGGACAGAGAAUUCACUCCAUGUGUAAGCAACAGCCUCUUUGGGGGAGAUUCAUCAGUGCUGUGUGCUAAAAUGUGGUGCAGAGAUAUUAAGGGGAGCAGUCUCCAGUGGAAUAUGGCUGUUGGUUGCACUGGUUUCCUUGACAAUUACCGCUCCCCCCCUUUAAGUACUUUGCACAAUUUUUUCAGAACACAACACUCUGAUAAAUCUCCCUCUUGGUGUCUCAGAGAGCUCAUAAUACAUAUUAUAUUUCCAUAAUGCAUUAUGAGCAGUGCUGACCGUAUUACAAUGUAUGCAUUUAUAAAAUAUCUGUUUCUCUAGAACAGUAUUCUCCAAGCUAUGGCCCUCCAGAUGUUGCCUAAAUUAAAACUCCCAUGACUCUUUGAAUUGAAUUGCCAGAGAAUCAUGGGAGUUGAAGUUCAGCAACAUUGGGAGGGCCAGAGUUUAGAUAACCCUGCUCUAGAAGGAAGUUUCACUGUUUGUAUGAUUCUGUUAUUCUCCGAUGGUGUGAUCAUAUUAGUGGGAUAGAAAAUGUAACACAGAUCAACAUGGCUUCCAACUUUGGUGAUAGGCAGAGUAAUUACUAUAUAUUCAGAGUUUAGGGUGUCUGAAAAGAGGUGAUGUAAUUUGAGGUCCAUGCAAUAUAUUUGUAUGAAUUUGUAAGAGAGAGAAAAUAUUUGGUUGCUAUCAGAAUAAUCUCAUAACAGUUGUGCAAGUGAGAUGACUCAACUAAUUAAAUUAGUCUCUUCUACACCAAAGAAGGUGGGAUAACCCCUAAAAGAAACUACUGUAUAGUGUAUUAUAAAAAAAGGGAGGAACAAGUUGUUUAUCUCCUAAAUGGCACAGAAUUGAGCAGUGAGACUACAGGGGCAUGAUCAGUACACUAAAACUGCUUAAUUAAAGGGAUACUGUAUCAGUCACCAUAACAAUGUCAUCUCUUUAAACUGGUUAUAGUGCCUGGAGUCCCCUGGCGCUGUCCCUCCAUUCAGUGUUAAACCGUGUUCAAUCAGUUUAACACUAAAUAUGGGUCUCUUGCCACCCACAAUCCAGCACCUUCUGGAGGUGUGGCUAAGGCAGGGAUUACACACUUCCUUGUUGUCAUACCCUUUCAUACUGUAAGUUGGUGCUCUGACAGGCUAAUAGCAGUCAGCUGACACUCUCAGCCAAUCACAGCUGCCAAUUACUGCUUUGGCUAAUAUUUCCUCAUUAGCCAAAGCAGCACAGAGGGGAUGGACUGCCAGGGACUCUUGUUUAAAAAAAAACAAAAAAAAACUGUUUAAUACUGAUUGAAAUAAUGGUACGAGGAGACUCCAGACACUAUAACCAUUUUAAUGAGAUGAAGCAGGUACAGUGCCUCCGGCAGGGGCGUAUUAGCCGCGAGGCAAACAAGGCAUUUGCCUUGGGCGGCAUUUUUCAGGGGGCGGCAAAAAACGCCGCCCCCAAAUGCCCAGGGCAAAUGCCUAGUUAGCCUUGCGGCUAACUGACAUCCCAAGCUGGCAGGCGGGCGGCUGGCGAGGGAGCUCUUCCCCUGAGCUGACUGCUCAGCUCCCUCGCGCGCCGCAGAGUGAGGCUGGGAGCCGGAAGAUGACGUCAUCUUCCGGCUCCCAGCCUCACUCUGCAGCCGGCGCGAGGGAGCUGAGCACACAGCUCAUAGGAAGUGCUCCCUCGCCAGCCGCCCGCCUGCCAGCGCCACCUGCCCGACCUGCAGCCACUGGACCACCAGACCACCAGGGAGAGAGACUCCUCCCAAAGAGGAGGGUUAGAGGGGGAUUUCGCCUAAAAAAGUUCGUGUGUGUGUCUGACUGUGUGUGUGUUUGUGGCUGUGUGUUUGUCGGCUGUGUUUGUGGGGUGUGUGUCUGUGUUUGUGUCUGACUGUGUUUGUGGUAUGUGUAUGUGUCUGACUGUGUGUGUGUGUGUUUGUGUCUGACUGUGUGUUUGUGUCUGACUGUGUGUGUGUGUGUUUGUGUCUGACUGUUUGUGUGUGUGUUUGUCUGUGUGUGUGUGUUUGUCUGUGUGUGUGUUUGUCUGUGUGUGUGUUUGUCUGUGUGUGUGUUUGUCUGUGUGUGUGUUUGUCUGUGUGUGUUUGUGUGUGUCUGACUGUGUGUGUGUCUGACUGUGUGUGUGUGUGUGUGUGUUUGUGUCUGACUGUGUCUGACUGUGUGUGUGUCUGACUGUGUGUGUGUCUGUGUAUGUGUCUGACUGUGUUUGUGUCUGUGUGUUUGUGUCUGACUGUGUGUGUGUGUAUUUAAAAGGUGGGACGGGGGGAAGGGUUGGGUGGGGGUGGCGCGGGGGGGAGGGGGGCGCCUGAGUUUUGUCCUGCCUGGGGCAGCACAAAACCAGGAUAACUCCACUGGCCUCCGGUGUCUCUUUUAAGCUGAAGUUGUUUUGGUGCUUGGCAUAUACCUGUAAUGGCAAUACUCUAUCAAUCUGAGAACUAAGACCACAGAGAUGCAAGGUUGGUAACAAUGUAUCUAUUCUACCUGCCUCUGUGGUUCUCCUUCUGUCUCUUCUUCAUGGGGGGCUCCAAGCAAUACAUAUGGGCAGACCUAUGAUAUUGGUAAUAUUUUUAUAAGUUUAUUUUUGGAACUGGUUAGUUGGAGACCGACUGGGAUUCAGUGUUUCCCAGUAUGAAAAAUUUAAAUAUAUUUAGUACUAUUUGUAACUGGUUAUGGUUACAAAAAAAUCUUUACACUAUUUCAGUUAUGCACCUGGGCUUUUGCAGGGUCUGUGCCUGUACAACCAUAAGUAGCAGCCAUUUAAGUGGAAGAAAAGGGAAACAUCCAAAUAGAGCAAAUGGGGGGGGAAAAGGAUUAAAACAUAAUAGCUUUAUUACUUUAUGUUGAAAUCCUAAACAGCAGGCGGAAGGCAAAAGCACAUUGACACUUCAUCAUUUAGAUGAAAAGCCUUUGAGGCAUGAAAUGCAUAAGUCUGCUCUGCUCUGCAGCACCGUUUCUCUUGGUACCCAUCCACAUAUGCUUUCAGAAAUUCUUCUAAUACCUAAAGGUAUUGAAGUGCCCCUUACCAAUUUCAUUUCUGUGAAGUUGUUAUGGUGCCUUGAGUAAAAAGAAAAACACAUUUCCAUGAAGUGGUCGGCACCCGACCACUUCAUGGAAAUGUGUUUUUCUUUUUACUUCCGACUGUCCCUAUCCCCUUAUUCCUGCAAUCUGAAACCUUGCAGUUUCAGAGAAAAUGCAAUACUUAUAUUAAGGCUGUCUCUAGUGUUUCAAUGCUUUCCUCUAGAGAAGUCCUAAUGCGUUCACAAUGCUUUUGUCAUCGGAGGCGGAGGCAGAAGCAGAGCCAGCGCCAAGGAACAUUGUGCUGGAAAUACUUGAGUGUUUAAAGGGAAAUUUAAUCCUUUAAAAUAAAACUGUUCUGUAUGCUGUGAACUCCAGAGUGCUAUCUCACUCCCUCUACUGGCAACAAUUUUCUGCGCACCUGAAGUUGAAUGUUGUUAGCUAGAUAUGGGACUCAAGAUUAUAUGGGAUUAUAUAAUCUUUAUUUAUUCUGCCAGAUUGAUUUGGUUGCACAGAAGAAUCUUUUCAUGACUGCUACUUUAACUUUCUAAUAAGUGGAUUUCUUAUUUUAUUUGAAUAAAAGUUCUAUUUCAGCAUAUAUCCAUACACCAUUACUCUCCUUUAUUUAAAAUGUUUUAUUUAUUUUUUAAUAGUACUCAUAAUUUUUGUGUUUUAACAAUAUGUAGGGAUGAGUCUACGUUUUAGUUUUCAUUCUUUGCAUUUUAGUUUAUUUUUUUACUUUGAAUGCUUGCAGGGUUAUUCACGAGUGAGAAUUGUCAGGAAUUCAAAGUGACUUUCAAAUUUAAGGCCAAAGUAGCCAAACUGUAAGCAUAGCUAUAUGUCCUAAAAUUCACUUACAAUUAACUUAAUAUUUCUGACAUUUCUCCCUUUAGUUUAUAACCCUUUUAGAAGGGGUUUCCUGUUACAUGUAUUCACCACUUCCGUAUACAUAGUUUGGCUAUCAGAGUUGUUUCAUUAUAUAUAUAUAUAUUUAUACUUACUAAAGCAGUACUCCUCAACCCUCUCCUUAAGGCACACCUAACAGUACAGGAUUUAGGAAUUACCCGGGAGUCUGUUGUUUUUUUUGUGUUGUUUUUUUUUUAACACCUUAGACACACCUGGGUAAUUCAUAAAUCCUGUACUGCUAGGUGUGAUUCGAGUAGAGGGUUGAGGGUGAGUUGUCAGGAAUUCAUUCAAAUUAGCCCUCAAUUGUUGCCCGACUAAGCUUUGUUUUCAGGUUCAGCUGAAAAUUUGACCUAAUGUUUUAAAGUCAUUUUGAAUUCCCAAUAAAGUACACUUUAGUGAAUAUGUCAGUUAAGCUUUCAAGUCAAGCCAUUAUUUCUAAUGAAAUAAUGGACUAUGAUCAUUUGCAAUUGUCAUAGAACACAUAUAAACACUUGUUCUUUGAGUAGCACAAACUAUGGAGUUUGGAACGAUGUCAUGCAUUUUAACUUUUGUUUAAAAAAAAAUGUGUUUACAUAUUUUUCUCUUAUAGGAAAAACUGGAAAAACAGUUAGUGGACCCAAAGUACCUAACACCAGAUUUCAGUAAACCAGAGGUAAAUGUAAUCUGCUACUCGGAGAUUUACUUUUAGUUGUACACUAAAGUGAACUUUAACAAUAUAAUUAAAUAUAAUAUAUUGUAAAUUACAUACCAGGCCAAUUACAAUUACAAAUCUUUUCAUUUGAUUUCUUCUAUUUUUCAGGCCCCAUUGAACAUUCACGCUGCAAUGUUGGCACUAGAUCAUUUCCAGGAGAAAUAUAACCGCCUACCAAAUAUAGGGUAAUGUCUUGUUGUCACCCAAAGGCAAUAACAUAAACUGUAUUAAAUGAUUUAAUUUGUGCAAUGGUGUUGAGUUUUAAAGAGCAAUUCUACACUAAUGUUAUGAAAAUGCACCAGUCAGUGGGAGCAUUCUGCUGGUUUUCAUCGUGAUUACUCAUAUCCUGCCUCUCUAGUUCUUUCUCACCCCGUCAGCCCCAUCCAGUAUCUUGUGCUUCCACUUUCUUACUUGCCCAACUAAUUUGAGUCCCUCAAAUUCCAUGUUGUCUCUCAUCUCUAUUGCCCAGUGAUUCUGUAUCUCCCUUACUUGUUGUUACUCAUAAUAAAGGGAUCCUAUAGUGCCAUGAAAACAAAACAGUUUUCCUGGCACUAUAGGGAUAAUAGGCCCCUCCUACGGAGCUGAAGGGGUUAAAAACCCUUCAGCCACUUACCUGAAUCCAGCGCUGAUGUCCCUCAGCGCUGGGCCAGGCUACGCCCACGCUCCUCCCCCCGCCAACAUCAGCCGGCGGGGGAGACCUAAUGCGCAUGCACGGCAAUGGCUGCGCAUGCAUUAGACCUCCCCAUAGAAAAGCAUUACUCAAUGCUUUUCAAUGGGGAAAAUCUGACGCUGGAGGUCAGUGAGGACGUCCAGCGUCCGAUAACUGACCAAAAGUCUGUUUGAAUUCCGGAAGCCGUCUAGUGGCUGUCUGCUAGCCACAGAGGGCAGACUUAGAGCUGCAAUGUAAACAUUGCAGUUUCUCUGGCACUGCAAUGUUUUACAUUGCAGCACUAAGCGCAAAAGGGUCACAGCACCCAGACCUCCUCAAUGAGCUGAAGUAGUCUGGAUGCCUACAGUGUCCCUUUUAAGCCUGUAUCUUUUUAAACAUAUUAUUAAAAUGAAAAAAAAAAUUAGAAUUUUGAUCCUGUGCAAACAUUAUCACCAUUAGUAAGUAAAACUUGGUGAUUGGUGCAAAAUUACUAUGCAUACAUCCAGUUUCAUGUCUUCUCUUACCUUUAUUUUCUGUAGUUGCCUUCAGGAUGCAGAAGAGAUGCAAAUGUUGGCAGGAUCUGUUGUUGAAACUCUUCUCAGUAAAGUAAGUUACUACAGGUUUCACAUAAUUUUUUUUUCUUUUUAAAUGAUGGGAUUAGUAAACAGAUAUACAUUUGUGAGGUGUGAAAAAUAAAACUAAAUAAUGAGAUCCACACCUCUUUACCAUGCAACAGUAUGCCUUCAUCUUGGCUUCCUGUCAAUCAUUAUUAAGUAAGCAAUUUAAGUUGCACCUGGUAGUCCGCAUAGAGGAAGCAUACAGGCGAUGAGAAAUUAGUGUUUCUCUUCCACAUUUGCAAUGGGUGCCCUAGCUGUUCCUAGUCUGAACUGGAUUUUUAUAUCUUUCUUGCAAAAUCUUUUUUUUUAUUUUUUAUUGAAAUCAAUCAUCACAAUGUAAGUUACUUCAGUAUUUUAUUUAGUGCUAUAAUUUUCAGAUAAAUGACCGUUCCAUUUUAAUGGCUCUAUUGAUUUGAUAACCUAUACAAAAUGGUACCAAGCAUAUUUUACGUGCAAAAUAAAUUCUGUAUGCCCCUUUAAUGUUACAUCACCUUCCUUCUUGUAUAUCCACAGGCAUCCUGACUUGCUGGUUCUUCUAAAAUCUUAUCAGUUUCCUUGUAACAUACUUUAAUCUAUUUCCUCAUAGCAUACUAUUCAUUGUAACCUAUUUAAUUGUAUUUUCUCAUAACAUACAAAGCUAUAUUUUUAUUCCACUACUCGCUUUUCAUUUAGUUUUCUAAUACUCUGUAAACAAAUAUAUUUACAUACAUAAGUAUUUUGGUGCUAGAUAGCACAGCAUAGAGUUAUCAACAUAUCUGCAGAUUUAAGUGGUAUUACAUCUUUUUGCACUUUAUUACUAGUUUUGAUUAUUACAGGUGUGUUUCAUCUGAUUAAGUAUGUUUUACAGACACUAAAGGCACCCAGACCACUUCAGCUCAUUGAAGUGGUCUGGGUGCAGUGUCCCUAUCCCACUUAGUUCUACAAUGUAAAACAUUGCAGUUUCAGAGAAACUGCAGUGUUUACAUUGCAGAACUAAGAUGACCUCUAGUGUCUGUCUACAAGACAGCCACUAUGGGCACUUCCUGGAGAUUACCGGACACUAGGUCUUCUAAAUGACACUGGGCAUCCUCACACUCUACAUGAGGACAUCUAGCGUCAGUGAAAUAUCCAUAGGAAAGCAUUGAUUUAAUGCUUACCUAUGUGGAGGUCCUGCGACGCUUUCCGCAUAUUCACAUUGGCACCUGUCGGAUGGCAUCAGAGGAGGUGGAGCCCGGAGGGACAGACAUCAGCGCUGGAAUCUGGUAGGUGUUGUAUUCCUAACACUGUAGAUUCUCUUUAACAGUUAUACUAACUCCAUUUAUUCUAUUAAUUCUUUGUUAACAUGCAGCUGGAUGACUAGAUAUUUCUUCUGGCUUGUUGCAAAAGACAGCCUUUCUAUAAUAUUAUAAUAUUCUUUAAGCUGAAGACCACUUCAGCUUAAUGAAGUGAUCUGGAUGCCAGGUCCCUCUAGGCUUAACCCUUUCUGUUGUAAACAUAGCAGUGACAGAGAAACUUCUAUGUGUACGAAUGGGUUAACCCAGCCCCUAGUGGCUGUCUCAUGGCACUCAUACCGCUUUAUUGAGAUGAAGUGGUCUGGGUGUCUAUAGUAUUCCUUUAAACUCUCUCAUGCAGUUAGUCUAGCCAAUGACUGCUAAAGGCACCUAGAUCAGUCCUGCCUACUCAAUUGUCAUUAAGUAGAUAGGAUGCUUAUAUUGCAGGGUUAAACAUGCAUUUAGUGGCUGUCUAACUUUCUUCUCACAGCUAAACUCUCAUUACAAGAGAACAUGUGCAUGUUGUCGCCAAUGCUGCUCCUACAUGCAGAGGAGAACACUAUACAGAUUUAUAUUCCUAACACUUUAGUGUUCCUUUAAAGGACCACUAUAGUGCCAGGAAAACAUACUCGUUUUCCUGGCACUAUAGUCCCCUGAGGGUGCCCACUCCCGCCAGGCUCUGGGGAGAGGAAAGGGAUUAAAACUUACCUUUCUCCAGCGCCGGGCGGGGAGUUCUCCACCUCCGAUCCUCCCAUUCGGCUGAAUGUGCACGCGCAGCAGGAGCCGCGCGCGCAUUCAGCCGGUCUCAUAGGAAAGCAUUCAUAUUGCUUUCCUAUGGACGCUUGCGUGUUCUCACUGUGAUUUUCACAGUGAGAAUCACGUAAGCGCCUCUAGCGGCUGUCAAUGAGACAGCCACUAGAGGAUUUGAGGCCUGGAUUAACCCAUUUGAAACUGCUAUGUUUAUAAAAAAAAAAAAAUGGGUUAAGUCUAGCUGGACCUGGCACCCAGACCACUACAUUAAGCCGAAGUGUUCUGGGUGCCUAGAGUGUUCCUUUAAGCAGAGAUUUUGGGCAAAAUCCUUGGUUACAUUGAUUGAACUUUGUUGUCAGGUGUAACUUUCAUUGUGAACUUGUAUUGAGUACAUCUAAAAAUUGGAACUUUAUUAGAAUCUUUAGUACUCUAACUUAUUUCUGUUAAUUCUGAGACUCUUUCUUACCCUGUAGCCACAGCUGGAUGAAAGAUUGGUAAGGUGGUUGUCCUGGACAGCAAGAGGAUUGUUGGCUCCCCUUGCUGCUGUGAUUGGAGGAAUCGUUAGUCAAGAGGUCUUGAAAGCAGUGACAGGAAAGUUUUCACCCUUGCUGCAAUGGGUAUGUUUCAACUUAUUUUAUUGCUUCAUAUUGAGUAAGCUGAGACUCCGUAUUAUUACUUUUAAAAGAUGUCUCAAACAUGUUUGCUACUUCACCAUUUAGUGUACAACAUUUAAAGAAAAAUGUUUUUAUUGCGAUGAACAAUAGAAACUAGAACCUACUUAUAUUAUGUGUCUUGUGUCAAGUCGGUAGGUGAGUUUUUGUAAGUGAACACAGUGUUUGAUAUCUAUACAGACUGACAAAUUUGUUUUGCACUGACUAAGGUGUCUGUAAAAUUCCAAGGUUGCAGGUUUGAUUAUCAUAUGAGUUAACUCAGCAUUUUAUUAUUCUGAAGUCCGUAAAGUAGUGAUGUAAACUUUUAAUCAGCUGCACAUUCAAAUAUGAAAAUUUGCACAGAAGUGAUUUGAUUCCCAUUGACGAGCAAUAAAAAUACUAGAGAUUGUUUUUAUUUAAUUAUAAUGCAGUAAAAUUGAUUUCUAAAAUAUCAACUUUGAUUCUUUCUGCUAUUGUAUCCCUGAAUUACAGCUAUUUGUGGAUGCCAUGGACAUUGUUUACCCAUUAGAACACACCAGCCGAGAAGAAUUUCUUCCCAGGUAUUGUUACAUUUGGAGUGCCUUAUUUGGGAAUUAAUUUUGGUUACCUGUAUAGAGUAGGGAUCUCAAUCUCUGGCCCCCCAGAUGUUGAUAGCCUACAACUCUCAGAAUUCUCUGAAUGCAGUAGAUGGCCAGGUAAUCGUGUGAGUUGUAUUUCGAAAACAUCUGGCGGGCCGGAGUUUAAGAUACCUGUUCAAGAGUUACUUGGUAGUGGAAUAAAUUUGUCAAUGGCUGCUUUUUCUCAUAUAGAAUUUGACUGUUGGGAUCAUUUUCAAAGAUCCCAAGUUUUAGAUAUUCAUGUUUUUUUAGUGUUUUGAAGAUAAAAUUCUACUGAGAUCCAUGACCCUUUUCACCUUAGCAAGCUCAAUGCUGAACUUUCCAGAAUUCCUAAAGCUUUGGGAAUUCAUCUGGAACUCAUUAUGAUUAAUGUCACCCAUACGUUUAGUUGUGGGCCACAAAUUGGAAGUCAAUGUGAAUCUAGCUCAAGUGCUUGGAGAAUGUCUGUCAUUAGACUGAGCACUCUAAUGCAUUUUGGCACCAGGUCAGUCCUCUAUUGUAUUAAGAUGAAUAGGCCUCUAAUUAUUUACAAAUUUAAAUUGGUUAAUAUAUUUGACAUGAAUUAUUCUCAAUAUUUUACCAUAGUUAUUUUUCUCUACUUCCCUACAAUAUAUCUGUUACACCCAGGGCAGAUGCAAGGAUUUAGGCUACACAGGCAAAGCUAAAUGUUGCCUCCCCCACCCACUGUGAAGAACUCAUAUACUACAUCACACAGAAGCAGCACGUACAAACACAAAGAUAAUUGCUUUGAAGUUUGACACUGAUCCUCAUUUUUCUUUGUUGUGGACUACAAUGAUGGGACAAUCUUUGACCUCGUCAUCAUUGAAACGAACAGUUAUGUUUGGUGCCUAUGGGUUUAUCACAUAGCUUUAAAAAAAGUAAUGAGCCGUGUUAGUGUACUGCAGAACAUCACAGCACAAAUCCUCACAGUUCUGUGCGUUGUGUAAGAGUGUAUCAUAGAACUCCACAGCAAAGUGUAUAAUAGUACAUUACAGAGUUCUACAGCUAUGACACAGAGGAAUGUGAAUUUUAGAAGUAUCAGUUUCACAAAAUUGCACAGUAAUAAAUUGCUGGUUACUUGUCUCUAGUGUCUCCAUGUGAUAUACCAGACCAGAGGACAAAAGAGUGACAAGCACAGGAAAGGGUUUUGUUAACGCAUUUGUAGGCUGCUUAUGGGAUUGCAUGUGUGUAGGGGGUGUUUGUGGUGUAAUAUGUGUGAUUUUGUGUUUGUGUGUGUAUUUAAAUCUGUUUGUUUUAUGUUUGUGGUGUAGUAUAUGUGUCUAGUGGCUGUAGGGAGGAUUUGUGUGUAGAUGUUGUGCAUGCACAACAGAGUGUGUGUGUGUGUGUAUAGUGGUUUAGUCUGCAUGUCAAGCAGUAUGUUUGUGUAGGAGAUGUAGUAUGGAGUGGGGCUGUAGCAUUUCGGAGACAGUGAUAUAGGACUUUUCUUUAAUAUUUUUAGUUUUUUUUCUGUACAUGAAAUAUUUCAUUUUUAAUUAUUAAAUGUAUUUUUUUUUAUUUUUUAUUAUUCUCCCUCCUUUGAAUCGCUUUGUGACAGGGAGGAAGAACAUGCCAAUCCCCAGUGGUCCUGUGUGUAGAUCUUCUGCGCCACCCUUCUCUCUUAAAGUGAGGGCAGUGGGCCAGUGAUUGAGUUGAUUGAUCUCCCCAUCGACCCAUAAUUGAGCUUGGGCGUAUUUUGCAUACACCGCUGCCAGUGCACUCUAAGACUGCCACAUGUGCUUCCUUAAAGAAAUGUUGCAGAACUAGGCUGGGUCUACUUUCUGAGUCUUGUUCUUUCUUUAUCUGUUUCUUGAACUUUUGACUGCUGCAAAUUUAUAUUGUAUUUUGUUCAUUUUGCUUCUACGUGUUGCUUGAUGUAACCAUCUGUAUAUAUCUUAAAUAUUCCUCCUCCAAACCAUGCGGAAAUUGGUUUAAUGACUUUAAUGAUUUUGAGUCAUAUGCAUAUUAACACACAUUCAUCUACAGGGGAGACCGGUAUGAUGCAUUGAGGGCCUGCAUUGGGGAAUCUUUCUGCCAGAAGAUUCACAGUUUAAAUGUUUUCCUGGUAUGUAUCUUAAGUUAUGUUUGUUCUUUAUAAUUUAUUUUUUUUGUUAGGGUGUUGUCAAGCUUUUUGCGAACAAUGUUACUCAUUUAUGAAUCAUUUUAUAGUAGGCUGGAGAAAUAAAAUUUCAAUACAAUAUGCUAGGCAAUUGAACAGAAGCAAUUUUAAUGCUGACUGCUUUGAACUCGGAACAGUGAAUGCAUCUUAGAUACACUUUGUGAAAAACAAUGUCUCUCCAUCUUAGGAAACAUCUGAUGAAAUAUCACCAUAAUAGAAUUUGACAUACACUUAUGACAGUCAUAUUCUUUCAAACUUUAUUAAUCUUUUAUACAUUGGCUUUUUUGGUUUGUAAUGUUGAACACGAUUUAUUAAUAUUUAAUUUUUACAUUUACAAUUCUAGAAUAGUGGCUGGACUAAUUUCAGAUUAUUUAGUCCUGACUAAGACUGUUAAAAGGUUUGAGAAACUAUAUAAACACCAUAUUCUGGCAUUUAUGCUGUUUGUAGUAUAUAUCCUAUUCCCUCACGAGGUUUAAUUGUAACCGUUUUAGUAAUCUACACUAUAUUUUUGUGUUGGUUGUUUAAUAAUUUAGUGUGUUUAUAAAACAUGUCUUAUUUUAGCUCAUGCAAAAUGUUAUUGUGUCGUAUCCGUCUAUUUUGGUUGUCUAAUUUUGACUUAAAACAUUACUUAAAAUUACUUUCUAAUCUUUUUGUUUGAUUCUGCAGGUAGGGUGUGGUGCCAUAGGCUGUGAAAUGUUGAAAAAUUUUGCACUACUAGGAGUUGGGUGUGACUCAGAAAGAGGCCAGGUGAGUUAUAGCGGAUGAAAUUGCAGCCAUACGGGGGGGCAAGUGGCGAGUCAGAUAAUACAUUAAAUGACUGGUUUACAAACUAGUCAACCAACCAAGUUGGUGGUCUGAGUUUUAGAAAUUGAUCAAUUCUAUUCCAGUGAGGAUAUAUGUAAUACUUGGUUAUGGAGGGCAAUGUUCUUGUGGAAUGGUUAAUCUUUUCAAUUGAGAAAUAUUCAUACUCCCUGGGAAAGUGAAAUCCCAAGAGUAAAACUGAUACUAGAAUGCAGAGUGAUACUGAUAUAUUUAAUUUGAUAUAUAUAUUUAUUUUUAUUUUUUUGUGGGGGGGGAGGGCAGGGGGGAUAAUUUAAAUAAUGUUUUGAUACUGGGUGUAUUUUUGCAAACAAUUACACAGAAACCUGAAUUUUGCAUGUCUGGGUGUCACUAUUUAAGUCUUGGAAUUUCAUUUCAAAAUACAUGUCAUCAGCCAACUACAAUCUCUGAAAUGUUUAAAGGGAUACUAUUGGUCAGUGGUUCUCAAAGUAGUCCUCAUGGCCCACCAACAAUCCAGGCUUUAUGCAUUUCCCUUUUUUCUUAAAUUGGAGAUACUGACAAAAACUUGGACUGUAGCUGGAUUGUGAGGAACGGUUUGAGAACAACUGCUGGUGCUGGUGUAUAGAUCAUGUCCCUGCAGCCGCACUGCUCAAUUCUCUGCCUUUUAGGAAUUAAAUCGCUUUUGUUUCUGUCCAUGCAGCCCUAGCCACACCUCACACAGCCUGCAUAAAAAAAAUGCUUUCAUUUUAAUUUAGAUGUUAACUUGAUUAAGAAGUUUGUAUCUACUGCUUUGUAAAUUGAACUUAAAUCACACACAGGAGGCUCCUGCAGGAUAUCGCAGGAUAUUAACAGAGCAGGAGUUAAGACAUUCUAAAUUAAGCAGGACAUGCAAAAAUUAAAGUUUCUAAAUUAAAUCUAUUUUUUUUAAUUAAUAUUCAGAUUACAGUCACAGACCCGGACUUGAUCGAAAAAUCAAACUUGAAUAGACAGUUCCUCUUCCGGCCUCACCACAUUCAGGUAUGUUCUGACUGGCUCAGUGGGAAACUCUUGAAAGUGUCUGUUCACUAAAUGUAGGUGAAUGAUGUUCAAUGAUUACUAUUUAAAACCAAAUCUGAUCAUCACAGCAGGCUGGUUUGCUUAUUUCAGUUGUAUAUCUAUAUGUUAUAUAUGUAUAUCUAUAUGUUUGUUUGCUAGUUCAGCAAUAUACCCAACAGCCACAUUGCAUUCAGGUUUGUUUAAUCCCAUUCCCUCUAACAUUAUCUUUAACCCCAUAAUGGUACCUUAGUAGUAUAUUUAUUUUCUAUAUCUGGGUGUAGUGAGAACCUUAUUGAAAAUAGCUGGCUCUUUCGAUCAGUGCUUUUUCAUGUCAGUUGACUGUAAAGCUCCGGGAAUUUUAUGAGCCGAAUUAAACUAAAAGAAAGUGACAGAAUUUGCUAUGGACAAUUUGACGUUUAGUGAAUAGAAUAGCUCAUGACUUUUACAUAUAAAUGCUUAUGAAUUUUAAGGGACACACCAAGCACGGUAACCUCUCCAGCUUAUUGUAGUGAUUAUGGUACUAGUAAGUUGCCCCUAUGAACUUUUGUUUUCAAAUCCUUUCUUUGAUUCUUAUCUUUAUCUUUGGCUCCAACCCUCAUAUAAGUAUUCAUACCAUACUAAAGCACACAGUAGUGGUGAUGGUGCUCGGAAUUUUCCUUUAUGUCCCUUAGCAUGAUAUAUUUAAUAUGGCAAUCAAGUUUUGAUACCUACCAUGUAGGCAGACACUGAUGUGAUUUAUUGGCUAAACACCAAUUUACUUGCAUUAUUUUCUCUCUAACUUGAAUUUUAGUAUCCCUUUUAUAUCUUCUUUAAAGGAUCACUAUAGGGUCAGGAACACAAACAUGUAUUCCUGACCCUAUAGUGUUAACAACACCAUCUAGCCCCCCUGGACCCCUCGUGCCUCCAUAAAUAUAGUAAAAAUCGUACUGUAUUCAAGCCUGAAGCUGUAAAUCUGCAUGCUGUUAGACUCAGAAAAAACAAGCAGUCUGCUGACAUCAUCAGAAGUGGUAGCCUGAUCCAAUCACAGUGCUUCCCCAUAGGAUUGGCUGAGACUGACAGAAGCAGAUCAGGGGCAGAGCCAGCACAUUUCAAACACAGCCCUGGCCAAUCAGCAUCUCCUCAUAGAGAUGAAUUGAAUCAAUGAAUCUCUAUGAGGAAAGUUCAGUGUCUGCAUGCAGAGGGAGGAGACACUGAAUCACAGGAUGCUGUGCACUGUGCUGCCCUGUGCUCUGCUGACAGCAGAUCUGAGUGGAUGGAGGCAUAUUAUGCCUCCAUCAACUCCGAAGUCCCUCUGGUUCACUCUGAGUGACUGCAACUGGAGGUGUUCCUAGCUUUCAAUGUAAACACUGUAUUUUCUCAGAAAAUACAGUGUUUACAUGAGAGGCUGCAGGGAGCUAUAGUUCUCACCUGAACAACCUCAUUAAGCUGAAGUUGUUCAGGUGACCAUAGUGUCCAUUUAACCUUAUGCAAUUGUUGUACUGCAACCUUAUCAUCUGUUGAAUAUUUUUUAAAUGGUCACUCCCAGCACGGCACCAUGAUAAGUCAAGCUAUAAAUAUUACAGGAAAUAAAAUAGAAGAUAGCAUAUCUGCUAAACUACAACAUGGAGGAAUAAAUCUUAAACAAAUUAUAUAUUUAUUUUAUUUAAGGGCAAAAGGGCAAACCCACUAUCCCAGUUUGAAGCAGUACUGGGUAAACAGCCAUUUAUGGUCUCAUUAUUCUGUUUAGCUCUUAUUGUGAAAUAUUAUUUUUAACUUUACUACCAAGAAUGAACUGUAAUCCGCAUACAGUUCUGAAUAACUAUUUGCACGCAAUACUUCAGCUCCUAUUCCAUUAUUUCUUUUAACAGUGGUUUGUCUUCUCUUUUGCCGUUUUUUUAGAAACCUAAAAGCUGCACUGCUGCUACUGCGACCUUUAACAUCAAUCCUCAAUUGAAAAUUGAUCCACGUUUGGAUAAAAUAUGUCCUGCCACAGAGAACAUCUACCGAGAUGAGUUUUAUUCUAGACAGGAUAUUGUGGUGACUGCACUUGACAAUGUGGAGGCCAGGCGAUACAUAGAUAGGUGAGAUUCUGAAACAUAUUAAAAAGACUGUGUGCAUUCAAAUAAAAAUUGCCCUUUUAUGUAUAUUUUUUUAAAAAAAAACAAGCGUGUGCAUAGUUUAAGUACUAGGCAGUGCAAUUUACAGGGAUUUACCUCUGACUGAUAGACAUGGUCUGCUUACAUUACAAAGCAGGUGCAGUACUUAAAUGUCCCUAUAUAAUAAUAAUCUUAUUAAAUUGUGUUCGUCUUUUAUAGAAUGGGACAGUAUUAUUAUGCAGUAUAACUGGCUCAUACUCCUCUUUGCGUCUUGCAUAGACAUAUUUUUAAGCGCUUCCCAGCCCUGAUUCCUAAUGGGAAUUCAGUACAGUUGCAGUGAUUCGCAAUAAAAAAAAGAUUUUAGCUCAAUCCCUACCCAUUGCUGUUUGAAACUGUGUGAAUUGUACUGAAUGUCUCAUAGCUUACUACACUGAAUAGUGUCUGAAGUUUAUUUAAUUCUCCAAAGCACUGCUACGAGUAGUUAGCUGCCCACAGCACAGAGAUGGCAAUCACAUUCUGCCCACUACAUACAUUGUUUACACACUGCAAGCUGUGUAAUAAUGCUACCUGUGACGUUUACACCAUUUACUCUCUACACUGACAAUAAUUCCCAUGUACAGAUAAUUUAGUCAUAGUCUCUCUUCACAUGCUACACCCACAUAAAUAUGCAUAUAGGGUUAUUCACUAAAGUAUGAAUUGUAGUAAGUUUCAACUUAAAGGCUGAAAUAGUCAAACCAGAGUUCAUACUUUUGUUUCUUUUUUUUUUUUUUUUUUAUUCUUUAUUUUAUUUGUGCGCACAUGAAUACAACAGUUUGCAUUGCCAUAUCUUUAAAGACAAGCGUACCAUCACUGACUCUGUUAUGGCAGUCAAAACAGCACAUUUUGUGUACAUUAUAUCAAAAAGGAUCAUGAGCUUAGCAACUUUAUGACUGUUACAACAUCAAAAACAAGAAUGUAGAAACCAGAUACUUUCUUGUCUGGAUGACGGGUCAAAGACAUUCCCGUCACAGCUGAAUACGUGUGCACGUGGAUGCUAUGUGGUACACCAGGGUUAGCUUCACAUCCCUGGCCCCGGUACCCUAUCCCUCUAGUUUGCACCCCACAGGAGUAUGGGAUGCUACCUCUCCUAAUCUAAAUGUGAUUUAGGCGGUACCAUGCUAAGUCCGGUCCCCCACCCUCCGAGUGAGGGUUAAGGCGACGGACUGCAGACAAGGUGAAGAGACUAGAGCAACGUAGAGUAGAGGGAGGAAAGAAGAAAGAAAGACAGUAAGUGAAGUAGGAGAUAAGUAAGUAAGGAAAUAAGUCGGGGCAUCGAGGUUCCACGGAGGAGGCAGCGGGCGAGAGGCCGGAGCCACGGACCGGGCCGGAUCCCCAGGCCCACGUCCUCCCUCCCCCCCAAGGCAUACUUUUGUUUCUUAAUAGACACCCAAUGGUGAGAUGAGAACCUGUCAGAGGCUAUCCAGCUUAAACUUUCUCUCAUGGAGGGAGAGGAAGCCUGGAGCAGGAUUGCUGUGUGCUAAGGGAAAAAAACAUUUAACCAGUGAAGAUAUGACUGCACCAGGGCAUUUUUAUACUGUAAUAACUAAAGUUGUGUGCAUGGGAGUGUACAUUAUAAGAACAAAUCUUGUAAUGGUUGCAGGAUCUUUGAAAUUCAAAAUGGCGGCAAAAAAACCCAUAUUUAAUUAUUUAAGAUGGUUUUUGUUUUUUCUUUGUGCCAGAAAAGUUCAAGUUGUGCAUACUUUUUUGUUUUCUUCUUUUACAGUCGUUCUGUGUCAAACUGGCGCCCUCUUCUGGACUCUGGAACUAUGGGGACAAAAGGACACACAGAAGUUAUAGUACCUCAAUUAACCGAAUCAUACAACAGUUAUGUAAGUAUUGCAAUGAAAGGAAGCAGUAUAUUUAGCUAUACAGCCUUAGUCACAUUUAAUGUAUUGUACAUAGUGAUCUGCAUUUUUCAUUACAGCCCUGUUUUAUUUGGUUGUCAAGUAGUAAUUAUUACCACAAAAUAUUAUGGUAGCUUUGUUUAAUCCAUCAUUUUACCAUAUGUUUUUCUUUCCUUCUUUUCUGUUAGCGUGACCCGCCCGAUGAAGAAAUUCCAUUUUGCACUUUAAAGUCAUUUCCAGCAGCUAUUGAGCAUACGAUUCAGUGGGCAAGAGAUAAGGUAUACGGCACCAUUAUUACUACCAUACUAGAGACUGAUCAUCAGAGUACACUUCUGUUUUCAAGUCUACUUAUAGUUUCCAAUUAUGUUGUCUCUGCUUCAUUUUCAGUUUGAGAGCUCAUUUGCCCAUAAGCCAACCUUGUAUAAUAAAUUUUGGCAAACCCAUCAGUCUCCACAAAAUGUUUUGGAGGUAAGUUAAUAGCCUGUUGGAUAGUGUGAUAUGCUGUUUUGUAAGCACUGCCCUUUCAAAUGUUUGUGAAAUAUAUUAUCCAUGAUGCCUUGCUGAACUCGGGGCUACAAAAAACUUCAUUUUUUGUUCGCUUAUGAACGGUUUGCAUAAAAAAAAAAAUUGAAACCACUCAGUAUAUAAAAAUCACUCUCAAGUAAUAUGUUUCGUCCACCCACACCAAGCUCAUGUCCUCAUUUAUAUAUAGUCUCCCGCACAACUUGUAUUCUCCUGAAAUGACAGGUGCAAACACUGAUCAGCACAUCCUUCCAAUCUCUUAACCCUAUAGAAUACAUACCCUUUCUCCCUACAAAUAGCUAUACAUCACACAUCAAUAUUAUAUACUUUUAUUUCCCUUUUAAUUUUUUACUAUUUGUGUUUUGUUUUCAUCUACACUCCUUAACCCUUUUCUCACUCUAAUUUUGUUCACAUGACUACCGCCAUAAGCACACACCUCAAACUGGAAAACAAAUUAUCACACACCAUGGCCUACUCUGUUGCUUUAAACCAGGGGUUCUCAACGUUGGUCCUCAGAACCCCCUACCUGUCCAGGGUUUAGGGAUUACCUGGGUGUGUCUAAGGUGUUUAGAAAAAAAAAACACCUUAGAGACACACCCAGGUAAUCCCCAAAUCCCUGCUUUAACUUAUCUGCUGAGUGCUGGUGGCGAGUUAUAAAAAAAAAUAGCCCUCCUGGAGAUCGGACGCACGACUGCAGCUCUCCCGGUCGGGUAACACUACCGGCUUAACUACUGCCGACAUCAAGCCUCACACGACCCGGCUGACGGUCGGAAAGAGAAGCCACACAGAUGGGGAGGAAAAAUAAAAAACCACGAGCGGAUCAGCCGCGGUUUACAGCGGACAUAGGAGACCUGCUGAGGAGACCGCAUGGCGCGGCCGGAUCCAAUAUGGCGACUGAAUACGACGACUUCACUGACAGCUCAGAAGAGGUCCCUUUACACAGCCCAGGUACGCUCCUGACAUAAUCCAGGAGGCGGGUGUUCUCCCUAACAGUUUCAGUAACCACUGUCUAGUGUACUACAUACGCAAAAAGGCCACUAAAUCCCCUCCCACGAUUAUAAUCACCAGGUCUUUCAAAAAAUUUAAUAUUGACUCCUUUUUAACCCUUAAGGACAAAACUUCUGGAAUAAAAGGGAAUCAUGACAUAUCAGACAUGUCGUCAUGUGUCCUUAAGGGGUUAAAGAAUCUCAAGAAUCUACCAUGGCACAGCUUAAGUCUAAUACCAGAUCCUAGACUCUGCAUUAGCAUUUUUUCAGUCUGAGCUCUUGUGAAUUGGAAUUUGCAUGCCACUCGGCGUAAAGUGCAAAUAAAAGGGACACAGCUGCCCUGGUUUAGAGCUGACCUCAUUCAAAUGUACCAGUUUAGAGAUUCACUGUCGUCAAAGUUCAAGCGUACUGGCUCCAUGAUGUUUGCUGCACCUACAAACAAUGGCAAAAUGCAUGCACAAAACAAAAAUGACAAAGGCUCAAUUUUUCUGUGAAAAUAAGAACAAUAACAUCUCAAACCUUAAAGAUUUUUGGAAAAUCAUAAAUUUUCCAUUCAAACCCCCCACAAUCCACUCUCAGCCCUCCACUGUCAAAAUGGACAACCAGACACUGCAACACUAUAAAAGUGGUGGCAACACACUAUCGCCCAUUAUCAUUGCUCCCAGUAUUGUCAAAAAUCUUGGAAAAUUUGUCCACACAUAACUAUGUGAAUAUUAUUAACAAUCACAUUAUCUGACCCAUGAUCAAUCAGGCUUUCGUCCAAAUCACUCAACUUCGACUGCCCUCUUAAAGGUUUGCAAUAACAUCCAAAUUGGCACGGAACAAGGAGACUUAACUGGAGCUAUUUUCCUUGAUUUUGCCAAGGCCUUUGACACAGUAGACCAUGGCAUUCUUUUGCAAAAACUUAAAAACUCAUGCAUUGGUGAUUGUCCACUAACCUAAUUUCGAUCGUAUGUUUGAGACUGAUUGCAAUAUGUAGUCAUUUCUGAUAGCGCUUCCCUCCCUCUCCCAGUCACGUGUGGUGUUCCCCAAGGAUACUCUGCCCCUGCUAUUCACAUAUUUAUAAAUGAUCUGUUGAACGUCUGCAAAUCCUCAACUGUACGCACGUAUGCAGACAACACUGUAAUCUAUGCUAGUAAACCCAAGCUACCGCAGCUUGAGUGCGUGCUCCAAAACCAAUUCACAGAGGUAGAAAAGUGGAUAGUGGAUAACAAACUCUUCCUAAACACUGACAAAACUGUUACGAUGAUCUUUGGAACUGUACCUGAAUUACAUAAAAUACAAAAUCAACAAUUGUGUAUCAGAACAAAUUCAAAUAGCACACUGACAGCAGUCUGCUAUUUUAAAUAUCUAGGUAUGUUGCUUGAUCUAUCCUUUGGCCUUUACAUUGAAAAAAUCUCUUCAAAACUUUACUCAAAACUAGAUGCCCUGUACAGUACAAAUCCUGCCUAAGCCCUAUAGUAAGGAAACAGUGCAACAAAUGCUGAUGCCAGUCAUUGAUUAUGGGGAUGUCAUUCAUGCACCUGCAUCGCAAACCCACCUUAAUAACCUUAAUACAUUAUAGAAUUUGUUCUGCCGUUUUGUAAUAGAAUGUAAUUACUUGACCCACCAUUGUGACAUGUUAAAAGAACUAAACUGGCUACUGCUGGAAUCCCAACACACUCUUCAUAAUUCUAGCCUUGUGCAUAAGAGCUUUUCUGGGAAACUCCCACCCUACCUGAGUAGAAUGCUCUCCCCGGCUGUUCCGACCUCCUAUAACCUCCGAUCCAGUACUCACACAAUAUUUAGUAUACCCCAAUACAAAAAUAAAGUGGCUCGAUCCUUUUCCUACAGAGCACCGCAAGUAUGUAAUAACAUCAGGGACAGAGUCAAAUCUUCAUUUAAUCUAAAAUAUUUUUUAAGAGAUCUAUGGCAAUAUCUCUGCAUAGAAUGCACCUGUCAUGGUUGAAUAUAUAUAUCACCUGUUAUAGGUUACAUUUUAUGUGUGUAUGUAUGUGUGUGUGUAUGUAUAUAUAUAUAUUGUAUUUUUGUAAUAUUGUAUCAAUGCAAUUUUUUUUUGUGGACCAAGGACAUACUUGAAAACGAGAGAAAUCUCAAUGUAUCCAUCUUGGUAAAAUAUUUGUUAAAUAAAUAAAUUUUGUGUGUUUUUUGUUGUAAUUCUAAGUAUUAGUUCCUCAACCAUGACCACAAAAGUUCAGUAUUUUGGGGCUCCCCAAUUCUUUUCCAUUGGUUUAAAAAUUUGUUUAGGUUUCAGGGUAGUCAUUUUAGUUAGCUGCAGAAAGUGCAAGGAAACACAUACAUACAGAUCCCAGGGGCCAUUGUGGGACACCCUAUACUAUUUUAUCAGAUGCCAAACUAAAUAAAUACUGAAUAAAACUUAGUGCUGGAUAAUGGGUCACCAAUCCCUAUAUUCGCAAUAUGAAGGAACAUUCUCUACUCUUAAUAUCUAGCUUUUAAGGUAUUGCUGGAUUUUGCACGAUUAAUUCAUUAGGUUUUCUUGUUUAUUUUUAUAUGAAUAUCUUUUAUGGACCUGUUCAACCAAUGAAGAAUACAUGUUGGUUUUAAGUUUUAUUUGUUUUAAGUAAAACAUUUUAUACUAUUAUAAUGAAUAAAUACAGUAAGCUGAAAGCCCACAAAAAUAGAUUGCAUAAAAGGAAAAGGAUGUAAAUUGUACAAAAAGACCUACCCUGUAUCUUGAUUUGUUAUAUUAAGAAUUGUGCAGUACAUGCCUUACUAUUGCCUUGAUUGCUGAAAGAGAUCCACAUCCUUUAUAUUGUAACCAAAGCUUUUCCCCUAUUAGAUUAGUAAAAAGCCAUCUUCUUGAUUGAGAAAAAUUGUACAGAUUGGGGGAGCCCCAUCAAAUAAUCACAACAGUUUUGUAGUUUCACCUCUACAGUGUGCAGAAUUGGGACUUAAUUGCAUAUAAGUGGCAGACCAUUAAAAGGUUAAACAAGAAACCAUGACCAUGUCAGGGAUUGAAAGUGCUAAUGGUGCCUGGCUCUAUAUGUGCAGAGUUUAACCAUGAAACACUGCACAUACAGAGAUUACCCCUCUGAUGCCGGAGUUGUAAUUCCACCUACAACAGUUGCUGGGGUGUUGUUGGGCAGCUCAGAAUUAGAGUUCCAGUUGGCUAAUGCAAAUACUAUGCAACUUUCCAUGCACAGAAUAGCAGUUAUAGACGGGAAGUGGUCAGGUGAUGCUCUACCAGCACCUGGCUUCAGCAGCUCUGCAGAAGGUGAAUGUUGUAAAUAGGAGCCCGGUGAGCCUCUGGUAAAAGGUGAUCUAGAUCAAAAUAUUGAUCUUUGUUAUAUUGUGAGGAAGCACAAAUUAUUAUAACAAGUGCACUUGGAGAAGCGUGAAUUAGACACCAGACGCAUGUUAGUUAUCAAAAUAAGCCUCUGUCGUUUAUUUGUCAGCUGGGUUUUUAUACAUUAAAAAGUAAGUGCUUACAUGCAAAUACUAAUAGGAGAGUAGUAGGAAGGGAGUGAAAGGGUAAAAGGAGUUACAGAUAAGACCUAGGGAUGAACGUCAUGUACAUACAACAAAUAAGUUCAGAGAAAGAGAGAGAACAGAAUGAUUUGAGAAGACAUCUCAGGUGGGGGCUAUCUGCUCCCGGAACUAGACAUAUAUGGUCUUAAGUGUCGUUUUAAGCAUCAAGCAUUUCUCGAGUCCAAAUUAGCCAAUUUUAAUAUAGGAUAUCAUUAUAUGACCCCUAUAAGCGUGAGCCUUGGAAUCAAGAUAAAUUCUAUCACAAAAGGCAAAUCAUUGCUAAUGGGUUUGCCCCAAUUAGCGGGGAACAGGGACAGGGUACUCCAGUCAUCAUAAGUUUUUUUUUAAGUCCAUAAUCUCCUUGGUUAAUGUGAAACAUUUUAGACGAGAUAGGACACAAAACAAAACGUUGCUCUCCCUGAUAUCCAGAAAAUAUUUCCUCCUCAGACACAUUAUCAAUGUAAAUUCUGCCAUUCCUGGCUGAUCCACACCUCUCCCCCCUCGCACUCUCAGCCAAUCUCCACCAUCCAGGGUGGACAACAUUUUCAUUGUUAUUGUCAUUCUCCCAUUGUUUUUAUGUGCCAUUUAUUUAUUUUUUUAUUUUCUUUCUUUACAGAGAAUAACGUCUGGUGAUAGCUUAGAAGGUUGCUUUCAUGUUGUUAAGUUACUAAGCCGGAAACCUAGAAACUGGUCACAUUGUGUGGAGCUUGCAAGACUAAAGUUUGAAAAAUAUUUCAGUCAUAAGGUUCGUAUACGCAAUGUUAUAAUGCAUGCUCAUAAUAUGGGGACAUUUAAAAAUUUUGGCAUCCAGAAGGUUUGGGAACCAUGGGACAACAGUCCCAUGGGCUCGGAUCAUGACUGAAGGGCCAAGUGGACAGCCCAAUUCGGGACCAGACACUGCUGGGUCAGAGCAGGAGUGAAGUGCCCCAACCUCGUCCGCCUCCCCCCUCCCUCUCCUCCCCCAUCCCCCCCCUCCCCCCCACCCCACACACUCAUAUCUUCCUUCCUCUUCUCUACCCUUCUUGCUCAUCUCAUCUUCUCCUCUCUCUCUAAAUCUAUCCUUCCCACGUUCUCUACUUCUUGGUACAGAAACCUUGGCCCACAAGGAUACCCUCUAUCUUUUUUUUUUCUUUUCUUUUCUACUAAUUCUUAACUUCUAUAAGGCUGACAUUGUCCCACUCCAAGGAGACAUAACUAACUUCCCUCAUUUAGACGUGAGCGCGCUAACGGAGGAUGGAAGAUGUCUAAAGUACACCCAGACGCGGCUAGAGUUAGGGCUCACCCUCAGGAGGCAGGAUCAGACUUAAUGAUACAUUACCAAUAACAAGAGGUCAGUAGAAUAGCACCCAUUGAGAGGCCUGUCUCCGGGACCAGAACCCACUCCAAUUCUCCAAGGUAGAACACUAACGUACAGGCCCCUAUACGGGCCUCACAGGCGCACUGCUCACACUAUGAAUACCGUAUGAACACUGGGAAGUUAAGUGUAACAGCCAAUAAAAACAUAAAAUCCCCGAUGGGAGGCAAAUUAUAUAGAAAAUGUAAAGAGGCGGGCCACGGAGGCCAAAGUUAACAGUGAUGUCUAUGAAUAUGCUUUAAUAUAUUCCGGCUUCUGCGCAAGCCUUCAUGUUGAUAUGUUCUUGCAUUGCCUAUCGGGCGCAAAAAUAAAGAAUAAAAAAAAAAAAAUUUUUGGCAUAUUGUGUAGCCCUGCCGACUGCAUGAUCUUGCUGCUGCACUAAAAGGCCCUACUGUUACUCAACAGUCCAACACUGCAUAACCUAGUCAGAUUAUAUAUGCAAAGUAGCUAAAUCAGCAUUUUCUUAUAUUUAUAACUGUUAACCAUUUAAGGAUUGCCGUAUGAUCUCUAAAGACCCUACUGUAGUAUGGAUUGUCCUACUUAUUUUGCAUUUGCAGCUCUACACAGCCCUGUCAGUGAUAAAUGAGUAGGACUUUCCUUUUUGAUAUAAGCUGUUUGAAUUGAAUUGUCUGCUUAAAGUUUGAAAAUGCAUUUAAAAAUAAAUUGCCAAUUAAAGAAAUUAAUUGCCAAGUUUCCAUUGGUGCAUCUCAUUCUAGUCAAUGGGUAAAGAUCAUAUCCCAUAAUUUCCUGUUCAGCUGUGGAUUUUGGGAGAUUUAACUUAUCCGUAAAGAUCAGUUUGAAUCAUCACAUAGUAUAUGCACAGCCCAGUUCCAGUAGAACCGUGAACUGCACAUGCUCUCAAUCUACCGUUCAUCUGUAUCUGGGGAGGACAGAAAGCCUUCCUUAUCGUCCAUUUCAGUUUAUAAAAGUGAAGAUUUUGCUUUGUCCGAAAUUAGAAUUUUUAUAAAGUGACAAGGAGGGAACACUGUUAUAAACUAAAGAAUGCUAGCAAGCUGAACUAAAGUAAGUGUUUGGAUUGGAAUUUAAGCAAUAAUACACCACAAAGAUGUCUGACAGCAAAUUAGAUAGAAAGAAAACCACCUGCCCUAGGAAAAGCUGAUUUCAUGUUAUUUUGUUAUUUUCAUCUUUUCACGUAAAAGUAUUUGUGUUAAUUCUGAUUAUGAUACGAAAUACAUUGUUUUUAUUAUUGCACAUGUAUCAACAUAAAUAAGUGUUUACAGUGAAAUAAAAAUGAAACAUUUACAGCAAAAUGUGUAAAAUUAUCAUAGACAUGCAUUGGGUACACAGAUAAGCAGUAAACAUUGUAGUUAGAGGGGAAUUACUCCCUAUUUAAUGCAUUAUAUAGACAAUGCAUAAAAACGUUAGUUACAUUAAUAAAAAGGAAGCAUACCUUUUUAAAAUACCUUGUUCAAGCAAUGUUCUGCCUUUAGCUACAAAAAGACUACUCUCUGUCUAACCGAAGAGAUCUUCAAUCGAGAGUCUCAUAUUCUGGCCAUUCUCGUCCAUAAUGGACAGAUUUGACAUUUGACAGCCGAAACAAAGCAUUCUGGCUGCCUAUAGGACCGCUCAGAGGGUCUGUUAGAGCUGCAAACAUUUUAACAAAUCUCUGCACUUGUAAGCCAAUCUCAGAGCUGUAAGUAGGCACAGGAUUAUUUGCACCUUCACUUUUGCAAUCAUGCAAAGUUGAUUGUGCUUAGGGUGACCAAUUCAAGUGGAACUAUCACUACUGACAUUUUUGCACAACCAGGCAGUUACCUCAAAGUUUGGUAUAGUUUGUGCUUUUAUGUUUGUAAAUUCUAUUCUCAUCGGCCUUCAUUUUUAUUUGUAUUUUUUUUUUUAUAUAUGCAUGGCAUGCCUGUCAUUCUUGGGGAAAAAAGCCAGGGAAAAUUGUGUAAACAAAAUUAACCCUCGCAGUGCUAUGUGCAGCUGCCCAAGAAAGCAGCAGGAGCAUCAACUACUAGUAAACUUCUAGUGAGGAUGUAUUCACAUCUCAUUAUUUAUAAAAACAAAAGUAACGAUAAAUAAGCACUUUAAGAAAAAAACCACUUGUUUUCUUACUGUUUAAUUUUCACAUGUGCUGCAUUGUCAUAGAAAAAAUAGUGAUUGGCAUUUAUGAAGCGCCAGCAUAUUCUGCAGCCCUGUACAAUUAUAGAAAGAGGAUGUUUGACAUACCAAAAUUAACAGAGACAAUAGGUAAAGAGAGCUCUGCUGUGACGAGCUCAGCAUUCACUUGGUUUGCUGUGAUGUGUCUAUUGAAGAUGUUCAAUGUUUCCCUGUUUUGUUGUUCUAGGCUCAGCAGCUUCUACAUUCGUUUCCUCUGGACACACGAUUAAAAGAUGGAAGUGAGUGCAAUUUAACAGACCUUUAACUUUGUUGCUUAAUCCGAAUGAAUUGUGUGCAUCUAGUUGCAUAGGAGGGUGUUGUAAUCCAGCUGCAAUAUCAGACUUAUUAUUGUGUGAGGAAUAUGGGUAACAAAGUCUAAGUUAAGUAGAGACUUUCCAAUACAUAAUUGUUGGAAAUUGGAAUUAACAAAGCUCAGCAGUGAAGCCCGAUGUCUUUCUGAGGACCAUGUACCAUAGCAUGUGUCCUCCAUACUUUCUGCAAAGCUUUUUUGGGGGAGGUUUGAUUUAUCUAGAAUUUUAAAGAGCAUGAAUUCUUCCACCUAGCGUAAUGAUGUCCUAUCUAGUGCCCAUAUUCAUGUCUGCAGGCAACGAAGGAGCAAGGAAAGCGUUUUUUCCAGCUCCUCCACAUUAGGAGAAAAGCUGAGGGAUGCCGGAGGCGCAAAUCUUCUAGGACCCCUCUAGCAUAAUGUCCAUUCCCAAUAGCACCCUUACCAACAUCUAAUACCAUAAUGUUAACUUUUUAACCUUGCUCUGUGAGAUGUGGGAGCAGCCAUUCCAGUUACGUACUAUGUUACAAAUGUUUAUCAUGGAUUUUGUUCAGAACGACUGGAAUAUGUAAAAGGUUUGCUUAUUGUUUUCUCUGGUUAUUCUAAAUAAUUAUCAAGGAGCACUUACCAUAAUCUACAAGAAAGUUUAUGAUCCCUUUGCACUAAAUAGCACUUAUUUGGAAUCUCCCUGGAUUAAAAAGCUGAUGGAUGUUUGCUUUUAGACUGAAGAUAAAUGAACAUGAACUGUUUUACAUAUUAACAUUUUUUUUCUCUGCACGGGACUCCUUGUGUGCAUCAAAGUGAAACCUAUAGGUGUAGUACAGUAACGUAAAGUGACUUACUGUAUUUAAUUGAUAGAAGAAAUCCUAACUCUGCUCAUUGUGAAAGGAUGGGUCCAUAAAUCAUGAUUGUUAGAUUGCUGAUUAUUUUUAGCUGAUCUCUCCAGUCUUUUAAUAGCCCAUAAAAACAUCCUCACUAUUAUUCUAGUUUCAUUAGUAUUAAGAGAAUCAGAGUGCCUGCAAAUUAGAAUGUUAUUUAUUUAUUUUUUUAGUUGUGGGAGGGUCUUGAUUAUAGAUUUUAUUAUAUUUUCGUGUGUUUAUAAUAUUAAUAAUGUUUUACAGGCUUGUUUUGGCAAUCACCAAAGAGGCCACCGACCCCUAUAGUGUUUGAUGCAAAAGAUCCAUUGUAAGUAUAUUUUUAUUAUAAUUUGUAUAUUUAUUUGUCAGAUAAACGUAUUGAUAUGGUUGUCCUGAAAAAAAAUUGGCAUCACAUUUGUAAGUCUUCCCCUGUGUUAUAAGGCUCUAGUCUCGGAUAUAAAAAUGUUGAACAGUUUUAAACGUGGAGGAACAACCAUGGAAACUAGAAAAAAAAUUCUACUUUUAAUAUUCAUGGUGAUUUGCGUCACAUUUGGAAGUUUGCCCCAAUUUUUUGUUAGUGACUCUUCGAUAACUUUUAUCUCUCUGUUGGUAUUAUGCAAACAUUAAUGAGGGAAUGCUGUCUUGCUCAUAAUUCAGUAUUCUUUCUUUUUAUUUUAACAGUUUAAUCUUACAUGCAUAAUUAUUUUAGCACUUUUAGAUUAUCAGCUGGCAUUUAAAAUUAUUUUUUGACAUACUAAUUAUUACUUUUGGGAGAUGUGGUGAGUGCCAGAAAGGUGUACAUUACAAAAACUGAAUACCUCUUAGAAUGCACAUGGUGGAAUCCUGCGUAGAACAAAAACAAGUUCUGCAUUUGAGGUUCAUGUUCUUUAAAAGUGAUUAAUACAGUGACUAAUACAUUUGUUUUGUUUCCAGACAUCUCAGCUUCAUAAUAAGUGCUGCAAAGCUGUUUGCUGAAGUGCAUGCCAUCUCUUUCAUGGAAACAGUAAGUGUUGGCAUAAAACCAUAUACUUUUUAUCUCUGGGAUUAAUGGAAAGGCGGCAUCUAAAAUCUCACAUCAACUGUAUAAAUAUAUUAUGGAGGUCCUAAGCUUUGUUACAAAACAUAGAAUUACAUAUACAUACAUGCAUACAUAAGACAAUUACAGCACUUGAAGAUCAUAGUAUACAAACAGUGUCCUAAUUUAAAUUAAAUAAUGCAAUCUAGUAUAAAGCAUAUUCAGCAAUUAAAGAAAAUUAAAAUUAGGGGGUAAAAAGUAAAAACACAACAACUUGGGAUACAUUUAAUAUACAUAGAGAAGAUGUGUCUGCUGUAGAAUAGGUUGGUGGCAACGCUCCUUAACACUGAGCUGGUGGGAGGCAUCCACCACAGCGCAUCAGAAUAAAAAUAUGCAAAAUGCUAACCUAGCAUUAUGUUAAAGAAAACUUGGAGAUAAAUGGCAACAUAUAGUCCACUAUUGAGAACACUUAAGAAAAAAAUUUAAAAAUAAAAGAACAGUAGCAAACUAUGCCCUGUCUGUAUGUCAGCUCAUCCUGUAUCCAAUGACAAAUCGAGCAAUAAAAGGGGUUAUUGCAAAAACAUCCCAUUAUUGCAGAAAUAUCCCGUAUUGUGGCGUCAUAGGCCCAAGGACUGCCGAAACAAAGCUGAAUUAGCCAAAGGGAUAAGUUUCAACAUGUUGCUUGCCUUAGUGGCUGAAAGAGAGUUAACUGGCUCCCUGCGAUACAGAAUAUUAGCUUCUGAGUUUCCUUGUGACAGGUUGAUGGGAUCGGUGCCAUUCCAGUGUCCACCGGCAUAGGUUUUGGUAAAACGUGAGGUUUGAGGACUCAAAUUGUAGAGAUGACUGCGUCCACAGUGCCUCCAUCACCAGCUUCUUUUCUCUGAACGACGAGAAGUGGACCAGCACAUCCCUGGGUACACCUGCCAGUAGACAGUGGCAUAGAAGAUGCAUAGAGGAUGCAUGCUGUAAUUUCUUCCCUCACCACUGCUAGGUCUGAAUUAUAGAAUACUCUCAUAUUCUUCAUCAGAUCCGGUAUAUGUAAAUGCUCGUGCGGAGAGACAGGGACAAGGGAACUAUUUCCACCAUAACAUAUUCAGUAAGCAUACAUGCUUAUGGUGAUUGGAGUCUUCUCUUUAAGGACCAGUCUAGGCACCCAGACCACUUCAGCUUAAGGAAGUGGUCUGGGUGCCAGGUCCUUCUAGGGUUAACCCAUUUUUUCAUAAACAUAGCAGUUUCAGAGAAACUGCUAUGUUUAUUAAUGGGUUAAGCCUUCCCCUAUUUCCUCUAGUGGCUGUCUCAUUGACAGCCACUAGAGGCGCUUGCGUGCUUCUCACUGUGAUUUUUCACAGUGAGAGCACGCCAGCGUCCAUAGGAAAGCAUUAUGAAUGCUUUCCUAUGUGACCGGCUGAAUGCGCGCGCAGCUCUUGCCGCGCGUGCGCAUUCAGCCGAUGGGGAGGAGAAGCGGAGGGUCGGAGGAUUGAGCUCCCCGUCCAGCAGUGGAAAAAGGUAAGUUUUUACCCCUUUCCCCCUUCCAGAGCCGGGCGGGAGGGGGUCCCUCAGGCUGGGGGCACCCUCAGGGCACUAUAGUGCCAGGAAAACGAGUAUGUUUUCCUGGCACUAUAGUGGUCCUUUAAGCAACACAGGAAAAAUGCAGCAAGGGAGAAAUGGAUGGGCAUAAAAGCACAUUGGAUUGGUUGCACAGGGGUUUUUACAAUCAGAGUAAAAAUUUGAAAAAAGGCUUGGUUUGUUUUUUCCCUUUCAUUUUUUAAACUUAUUCUGCUGGCUUAUCUACCACUGUAUGAUUUAGAAUCUGAUAAGAUUUAGAUACCACCUAAAAUCCCAACCCACAAAGUGCUAAAUGCUCUGUUUUUAGGCCUUUAGUGAAAAAUCCACAAAUAAUUGCGGUUUGCAAAUAUUAAGCUGGAAUUGCCAAGCUGUGACUAAUCAUUGAAGGAAAAUUCUGGCAUUAAAUUGAUAAAAUAAAAAAAAUUAUUUUACCAUAAUGUAGUGAGAGAAGCAUUAAUUUUUCUCCAGCAGUUGUUUACAAAAUGAUUAAAUCAAGUAUUAAAAUAUUGUAGUUUAAAAAUGUUUUUGAGUUGUAUACAUGCCACAUUACAGGCAGUCUAAAAAGCAAUACUUUUGAACUUUCCCUUCAAAAAAAAUGUUUUUCUUUAUUGAUCUUGACACAGCUUAGUGCAAAUAGGGAAAGCAAACAAACAGAGCAGGCAUGUGCAUAAACACAAUAAUUUACUUUUGUAUUUGAAAUGUGAUAACAUAAGUACAAGUGGAGUCAAGUACAUAACUUUAAAAUUCCCAAAGGAAAAUACCCGACAUAGACAGAUGUACAGUUGUAAUAUAUCAACAAACUCCUCACUUGCUUCUAUGUGAUCUCGAAGAAUCAUGUACUUGUCACUAUCCAUUCCUGCCCUAUGCUUGUUUUAAAAACACCAGAUGCAGAAACAGGGGCGCGGGGAAGAUUGGGACAGGAGGUAAGAGAUGGUACUGGAUACUCCUAAUGAUGCUGAAGCCCUCACGGGGCUGGGUGCAGUGUAAAUGUAAGAAAAAAGACCCAGGGGAAGCCCUUUGUCUCUGUAGAGAUAUUUUGCCUUUAGGAGCUACAAACUAUCAGUCAAUUGUGGGGGUAAGGGGUCAGGGGAGUGAACAAACAAACAGGGUGGGAAAUAUAUACAAGAAGGAGAAGGUGAAAAAAAUGACAGGAGAAAGUUAGCCAGAAGAGCUAGAAGAGGAGAAAGACCGAGAGAGGGGACGAGGAGAAAAGAGUUCUCUUGGGAAUUAAUUGCAAGGAGUACAUGCUACCACUGGCUUUCUUGCGGGCCAUAUACAUUUCUGUUAUUAGAAAAUCUAACAAUAAUAUGGAUCUAUGAUACCAGUGCUGUCUACUUAAAUGUCUCUGCUUGAUUGCAACUUGUCAAACAUUCUAUUGUAUUAAAACACUGAUUAAAAUAAAGAAUUGAACUCAAACAUCAAGAUUAUUGAAGCACUGGACAACACUGUUCUAGACUAUGAACGUUAGAAUGUUUUAACUUAUUACUCCCUUUAAUGUUUUACAUUGACAGGACUUGGCCCACGACACCAUCUUGAAAAUAUUAUCUUCAAUGGACAUUGUUGAAUUUAUACCAUCAAACAAAGUAUGUACAUAUGUAAUUGAUUUAAUCUAUUUUGUUUGUUUUUUUAAGUCUCUUUCAGCUUUAAAGGGAUAUCUUGGCACCAAAAUAUCCAUGAUAAUGUGUUUUAUUUUUACAGCAGUGUGUUUACUUUAACAGUUCUUAUUGCCCUCUCUGUUUUCUGAACAUUAACCCCUUAAAGGACCACUUUAGGCACCCAGACCACUUCAGCUUAAUGAAGUGGUCUGGGUGCCAGGUCCAGCUAGGAUUAACCCAUUCUUUUAUAAACAUAGCAGUUUCAGAGAAACUGCUAUGUUUACGAAUGGGUUAAGCCUUCCCCCAAAGCCUCUAGCGGCUGUCUCAUUGACAGCCGCUAGAGGCGCUUGCGUGCUUCUCACUGUGAUUUUCACAGUGAGAGCACGCCAGCGUCCAUAGGAAAGCAUUGUAAAUGCUUUCCUAUGCGACCGGCUGAAUGCGCGCGCAGCCAGCCGACGGGGAGGAACGGAGGAGGAGAGCUCCCCGCCCAGCACUGGAAAAAGGUAAGUUUUUACCCCUUUCCCCCUUCCAGAGCCGGGCGGGAGUGGGACCCUGAGGGAAACGAGUAUGUUUUCCUGGCACUAUAGUGGUCCUUUAAGGAUGGCGGGUAUGCCGUCCUUGGGGACCCAGCUCUAAACGCCGGCGGGCGGCAUAGUACGUCCCUGCCGUCCUAUUCACUUACCUGCUUUCCAGCGAUCCCACGCUGGCGAUCGCGAUGGGGGGACUUACCUGAGUAGAAUCAUUCCCUUUAGGUUUUUUGCUGUAAACACUGUCUUUUCAGAGAAAGUGCUGUGUUUACAUUACAGCCUAGUGAUAACUUCACUGGCCACGCCUCGUGGCUGCCUAAAAUGCAUCCAAACAUUCAGUGUCUCCACCCUCUGCAUGCAGACACUGAACUUUCCUCAUAGAGAUUAAUUGAUUCAAUUAAUCUCUAUGAGGAGAUGCUGAUUGGCCAGGGCUGUGUUUGAAUUGUGCUGGCUCUGCCCCUGAUCUGCCUCUUUGUCAGUCUCCGCCAAUCCUAUGGGGAAGCAUUGUGAUUGGAUCAGGCUACCACUUAUGAUGAUGUCAGCAGGCAGUGGGCAGGUCUAAAGGAAACCGGGACAAAGCUUGCAGCUCCAGACUUGAAUAGAAGUAAGAUUUUACUAUAAUUAGGGAGGCAAGGGGGGCUAGAUGGUGGUUUUAAACCCUAUAGGGUCAGGAAUGCAUGUUUGUGUUCCUGACCCUAUAGUGCUCCUUUAAUGCUACCCUGUACGUCAAGCAUGUAAAACUCAAAGGCUAGCAAGUGCCAAAUGUGAUAGCGAGGUCCUUGCAAAGACCUCACGAUCAUAUGGACGGAAUAGCUGUCCAUAGCAGUGCCAGCAGGGGGAGUGCCUGGAAUGACAGGCAGUCCCCCUGCUGCAUGAAAUAAAGUUUAAACACAUUUAAAAAAAAUAUAUAUAUAUAUAUAUAUAUAUAUAUAUAUAUAUAUAUUUACACAUACAUACACUAAGUGUAUUUUAAUGAAAUAUAUAUAUAAAAAGUUAUAUAUAUUUUACUUCUACGUAUAUAUUUAUGCACUAUUUUGACAUAAUUAGGUCAUUUAAUUAAUUACAAUUUGCGGGACUUGUAUGACAACCCAGGCAGAAAGUCCAGAGAGUUUAAUUUGCUAGCACUACAUUUAACCCUGUAACUUUCCAAGACACCAUAAAACUUGUAUAUGGGGAGUACUGUUUUACUUGGGAGACUGUGCUGAACACAAAUAUUAGUGUUUCAAAACAGUAAAAUGUAUUACAACUAUGAUAUCGCCAUUGAAAGUGACGUUUUUGCAUUUUUCACACACAAACGGCACUUACACUGAUGAUAUAAUUGUUGUGAUACGUUUUACGGUUUUGAAACCCUAAUUUGUGUUCAGCGAAGUAUAACAGUAACGAGUAAAUAACUGGUAUGACAACCUUUCAUCGUCCUGUACUUGUAUUUUUAACUUCUUUUGUAUUAGUCUUGUUACAGUGCAGCCAUCUUAACUGCAUGUGUCAAGGUUACAGUCUGUAGGGUUUUAUAAAAAAUAAUAUCUCUAUCUGUAGAUUUUGACUUUGUUCUUAAAACCAGGUAGAUUGACAUAGUGCAGGAUCCAUCUUAAAAGUUUGCAUUGAUGGCAAGUGAACUUACACAUUGAUCACUACAGCAGUACCAAGUGGUUGUUCUUUUGUCCUUUGCUGUCAUUUAAUUGUUUGUGCUCAUUAUACCAAAAGUACGAGUGAGGAGCCUAAUAGUGUAAAUUGCUGGAGAGUAAAAAGGGGAUAACCCUAAUGGACAAAAGUAUAACAAUAAGAAAAAGCAAUUUACUAUACCAGAUACAUGUAUGAAACUUUAGAAAAAGAUAUCACAACAUAUAAACAUACAAAAUAAUAAUCUAUACCAGCUCAAUGAGCUAGAAUACGAUCAAAUCAACCACACUAAAAAGAGAGGUGUCAGAUAAUGAUAAACUCAAUCUCUAAAGUAAUAAACAAAAUGGAUUAGUGAUUACUGUCCUUAUCACUCAAGCAUGUAAAACUCAAAGGCUAGCAAGGGCCAAAUAAAUAAGGUUUAAGUUUACGUGGGCCGCAAAAAAACCCCCUUUAAUUUUCACCCCCUCUACUAAACUCCAGCCCCCCCCUCGUCUACUAUAUCCCAGUCCCCUCGUCUACUAUAUCCCAGUCCCCCCCCCCGUCUACUAAACCCCUGCCCAUGUUUAAAAUGUUUUUGUUUUUUUUAGCCAACAAGCAUAUACUCAAUGGCCCCAUCAGCACCUUAAAAAAGUGGAUUUCCCUGGUACUCCUUGAAACCCUCACACACACUCACUGAGACACACCCAUACACACAGAAUCACACAGACACACACGCAGACAGCCUUGCAUGCAGACACGCAGACAGCCUUGCACGCAGGCAGCUGUACAGCCAGGCAGCCAGGCAGCCGUGCGCCUGUACAGCCAGACAGCCGGCCAUGCGCCCACACGGCCACACACAUUGGGUUGGUUUCUUACCUGGGGUCUAGUGGGCAGGCAGGGGGCGGACAGGCAGAGAGGGAGCGCGCAGUGAAGCUCCCCCUUUGCACCUCAGUGAUGCCGGGAGCAGAAGUGACUUCAUAUUCCAGCUCCCGACAUCACUGCGAGGAGCUGAGCAGGGAGAGCUUACACUCAGUGUUCCAGCGCCGUGGGCCACGUAAAUAUUAGUUGAGGGCCGCGUGUUUGACAUGGCUGCUGUAUGUUCAAUACUAAUUGACAUAGAGUGGGAAGUAAGCUGGAUGAGCUGCUAUCAGAUAGGGAUGGUAUUUACUUAAUUGAUAAUUACUUAGUGAUAGAGUGAUAAGGGCGGUAUUCACUCACUCAUUUUGCUAAUCACUUUGUCAUUAUCUGACGUCUCUCUCUUUUAAGUGUGGUUGAUUCGAUCGUAUCCUAGCUCAUUGAGCAGGUAUAAUUUUUUUUGUAUGUUUAUAUGUGAUAUCUUUUUCUUAUAUUUAAUUAAUAAAAGGUAAGUUUUAUACAUGUAUCUGGUAUAGUAAAUUGCUUUUUUUAACUGUUAUGCUCAUUAUACCAUGCUUUAGAAUAAAUACAAAUAAUAAUCUGAAACUCUGCAUCCCAUUUUCCUUAGCGCUGUUAAUAGCCUCUGUUAAUUUGACUUAAGAUUUAGUUUUUACCUUCCAGCUUGUAGAAACUGAUGAAACUGUGAAGAAACCUGAUCAAAUCCCAGUGAGCAGUGAGGAUGAAAGGAUUGCCCUUCUUCAGUUGGAGGGUGUGAUAUCUGCUGGCCAUGUGACUAAACGUAAGUACCAGCCACACACACAUCAUUUCUACACAUCCCAAUGCACUGUUAUCUCCAAAUCAAUUCUCUAAUAAGCCGUGUUUACAAUUUAAUUGCAAUGUUUUUUUCUCAGUUGCGUCAUGUCUUCUCAUGAAGUGUUUAAAGUUGCACUCCACUUCCCAAAAUUAAAUAAAAAUCACUGUUUAAUAGAUACACCCAAUGAAAAUACAUAUGCAUUCUAUUAUACAUUUUGUCAUUGUGGGUAUAUCUGAAAAGAAAUUUGCCAAAGCUGCAGAAUUUUCAUACCCUCCCCUUCUAACCCCGCCCAGACUUUCUGUGGCUGUCCAAUCACAGACUUCCCAAUGCAGUUCAAUGAGUAGUCUUUGCAAGGCAAGUGCUGUGGGCAAUAGCUGCCUCUUGAGUUUAGCUCCACUAAGCUAACCAAGCCAGGAAGUACCAGACCAGUUAUCUGACAGCCAAGGAGGUGUAACAAGGUUAAUUUAUAAAAGUGCCAAUUUCUAUUUAAAUCUGCACUUUUUGUCAAAUGAAAAUAAAGAGGACAGACUCUGUACACACAAACUGAAGUGCUUUGUGGAACUGGAGUGUCCCUUUAAAGCAACACUCCAGACCCCUAAAGCAUUCUCGCUUGCUGAAAAGCUAUAUGUAUUAAGUGUGUCCUAUGUUUUUUCAUUUUGGAAAAAGUGCUGAUUCCUUUACAAAUUGACAGGUUCAUAAAUUAUACUGGUUGCACCCUUAGCUUUAUACGCAGACAACAGGUCCUGUUAUUUCCUGGUUUGGUUCGCUUAGUUGCACUGAACUCAAAAGGCAGCUAUUGCCCACAACACUUGACUUGCAAAAACUACUUAUUGAGAUGCAUUGUGAAGUCUGUGAUUGCACAGCCAUAGUAAGUCUGGUUGUAGUUAGAAGGGGUGGGUUUGCAAAAGCAGCAGGCAAGGAAUCUGUUUUUAGACAGAAUUCCAACAACAAAUGCAUAACUAAAUGCAUGCAAGUUAUCAUUUGGGGUUUAUCUACUAAGCAGUGAUUUUUAUUUAUUCUGUAUUGGGUAGUAAAGUGUCCCUUUGAGUUUAGUCUCUUUGGCGGUACAGCAUUUAAAGGACAACUGUCACUUUAAAACAUAUUUUUAGAACAAGAAUCUUUUUAUCACGUUUUGAAAGGAGAAAGAGUAACUAAUCACUUACUUUAGUAUAUGACUGGGUUGCACUGUUCACUCUCUGCGUAAAAACAUAGUGUAACUGUUUUAAAACACUGUCUGAAAAGUGCAUGUAUAUGGCUGAUGGAUGCUUUCAUACACUAAAGGAAAUGUUUACCUUUUCUCUUUUUUAUUUAUUUAUUUAUAUAUUUUUUAACAUGGCUCCUAUAAAAAUAAAUCUAUUUCCAUUCAAAACUUAAUGAAAAUAGUAUUAUAUUAAAGGGACACUAUAGUCACCAGAACAACCACAGCUCAUUUUAUUUGUUUUGGUGUCCCUGCAGGCAUUUUGUUGCAAACACUGUCUUUUCAGAGAAAAGGUAGUGUUUACUUUAAAGCCUAGGGAUACCUCAAGUUGCCACUCCUCAGAUGGCUACUUCAGGAGCUUCCUGGGGCAGUGCUGCACAGUGUGCAGCUCUACCGUUCAGCGUCUCCACACUUUGAAUUGGGAUGCUGAACUUUUCUCAUAGAGAUGUAUUUGUUCAGUACAUCUUUACGAGGAGAUGCUGAUUGGCCUGGCUGGCUUUUGGCCCCUCCCCCACCCUGCAUCCUUAGUGAUCUCUGCUAAUCCAAUGCUUUCCCUACAGGCGGACCUAAAUGGUGGUUUUAACGCUAUAGGAUCAGGAAUAAAUGUUUGUAUUCCUGACCAUAUAGUGUUCUUUUAAAAAUAUAAUUUUGAGGUUACGUGUGGUCCUUUAACACAAAGUUCUGUUGGCAUGCAACUACAAUCCUAUGAUUCCUGUUACUCACAAACUAGGAACUGGUUUUUGAAACAGACAGAAUGAAAUGAAGUUUAAGAAGUGAUUUAAACACCAUAACCACUAUAACACACUGUAGUGGUUAUGGUGCAAAGGAGUGGUAUGGCACUUUUCCAUAUUAACAAGUCGGUUUGCAUUCUUACCUUGGGAUCGCUGGUUGCCGCUCCCCUCUGCCACUAAAGCUGCAAGAGAGACCGGAGUCCAUGAGCUUCUGUUUGCUACCUGAGCAAAGCUCUGCACCACCAGACUUAGCUCAAAGACUUUUCUGCUCUUCCAGCUGUAAUGAUGGGAGACCCCAGGUAAUUUUUUACAGUCAAUAGGUGUAUUUCUUAUAGUUAUAUGGGAUUAUUAAAUUGAGAAUUGACCAGAAAAAUGCAAGUUUAAGGCUAAAAUGGGGGGGGGGGAAAUAUAUAUAUUUUGAACUGCAGGCUCCUGGUCUAUAUUUGACAUGUCAUGAUCUUGUGGAUAAUAUGGUUUGUGCUUAUAGUGUUCAACAUUUUUCUCAUACUGUAUGUUUUUCAAUGGGCAGAUGACCUUCAUAUGAAUUACCUAUCAUUUGAAAAGGAUGAUGACAGCAACGAGCAUAUCAAUUUUAUCACUGCAGCUUCCAACUUGAGAGCAAAGAUGUACAACAUUGAGCCGGCUGAUAGACUGAAAACCAAGCGUAUUGCAGGGAAAAUAAUUCCUGCGAUAGCAACAGCCACUGCUGCAGUAUCUGGACUGGUUAGUACCCACAUGCAAGUGUAUAACUAGAUGAUUAAAGGAGCACUAUAGCGUUCGUAAUACCAAUGCUUUCCUAUGGGGAUAUGGAGAUGUGUUUUGCAGUGUUUUACAUUGCAGAGCUAAGUGACAGUGGCAUUUCACCCAGACCACUUGAAAGAGAUUAAGUUGUUCUGGUACCUGUAACGUCCCUUUAAGUCCUGCCUGGACAUUUAUAACUAGACAAUCAAGUCUUAAAAUCACUGACGCCUUGCACAACUUGUUAAUGGGUUUAUUCACACUUUUAAAUUCUUUGAAUAAACUGAAAUGUGUGCUAUCCCAGAGCUUGGUACAUUAAGAGCUUGUUUUCAACCUUGUCUUCAAAAGGAAACUAUAGUGCCAGGAAACACAGUUGUUUUCCUGGCACUAUAGGUCCAUAUAGUAGCCCUCAACCACGGUGCAGAAGGAGUUUAAAACAAACAAAAAAAAAAACCUUCUGCCACUUAACUCAGUCCAGCUCCAAUGUCCCGCUGUGUUGGCUUGGGCUUCACCUCCGUUCCUCCCCCAUCGAUGACAGCCAGCUGGGGAGACCUAAUGCACGUCAAAAGCUUUCCUGUGGGGUUUUGGGUGAUGCUGAACUUCCCCAUGCAUAGCGUGAGGACGUCCAGCGUCAGGUGACCAAAAGUUGCCUAACGACCAGGAAGUCCCAGACAUCUACUAUAGGUGGAGUAAUUAUUACAGUUUUUUUUAAAGUGGUUAUGGUGCUGCGGUCUUCUGUUCCCUUUCCCAACAGCUGAGCAUGAGUGAUUAUAGCUGCAGCAUGGAGUAGAGGAAUAAGGUAGAUGAAAUGCAGUUCCAAGGUGAUUCUUCCCAGCAAAUAGAAUAUCCCCAAGCAUGAGCCUAGACUUCAUGAAGGGAGUAACAGGAAUUAAUUUUAUUGACACACACAGGCUUUUAUGAGAAAUCCUCCUGCAAGAGGACCUCCCACAGCAAACAAAGACAACAGCCAAUCAACACACAGAUUUACAGUAAUACACGCCUCCUAUCUGCCUGGGAGAUAUUAAGAUAAGUUAAGGAAUAAAUCAAUUAUCUCCAGGCACACAAUUUCCCCAAAACUCAGAACACCCCUUUCCCCACAAGCUAUCCCCACAAAUUACAUAUCCCCUGAUAGCCCCUAUCUGGGGGACAAACAUAUCCAAAUUUCACCCAGAUCGGUUCAGGGGUUCUGAAAAAGUGUGGAGGGUCCCUUUUACCGACCACACACGCGGCUCCUGCCCAAAACCGUUCCAUGAAUUCAGCGUGUGCGGUCGGUCAAUUCACAAAUAGAUAAAAACCGAACAAAAGUCCCAAAUGGAUCCCCCUUGCUUAUAGUAGCGAUUGCUCCCCUUGUCCGUUUGCACAGAACUACCGAAAGGUGCUUCCCUGGCUGUUCUGGAAACACAAGAAGCCGGCGUUCGGUAGUUUCAGCGGUGGUUCACGAGGUCGAGUGUCCGAUUUUAGUUCCAGACACUCGACGACCAAGUCCCGUUGACUCCCCUCGUGUGAACAAGAUGGACGCCGUUUUUUGUUCCACGUGGCGUUCGGCUGUACGAACAGCGGCCGCCCAGGGAGCACUUAAUAGCUGAUUCCUUUGUAGUUAAUGAGCCAUGAGGGUGGUCGGCGUUCGGUAGUUUCAAACUACCGAACCAAUACAUUCCAUAUACAGGUAGUAAAACAGGAAAAUACCGAACAAAAAAGAAAAUGUCAAUUAAAAGUCCAUUUUCUUCACACGCAAUAAUUACCUUUGCAAGGUUGUCACCUGGAACAGUGCAUCAAGACCACUUCAAUGAGCUGAAGUGGUCUGCAUGCCUAUAGUGUCCUUUUAAAUAUCUGCUCUUGAUAUUAACAAUAGAUAUUCAAAGCCACAUAGGACCGUCGCAUUUCACAUCAACCUUGUUUUUUUUAAUUUUAUUUUACGAUUAGCAUACAGCACCACAACUGGUAAUGAUCAUUAUUCAGAAACUGAAAAUAAUUAAUGUAGCAAUAAAUAACCAUAGCAACUACAGCUGGUACAAAGUUAACCUAUUCAUGCCACCACAGAGAGUAGAAGAAUUACCAGAUUUUGCUAUUAACAUGAUGUAAAAAUCCAGAUUUUAUAAAGGACACAGAGGCAAGUAUUUACUUAUCUCUUUCUUUAAUUCCUCCUUCGCAAACAUAGAAAGUAACGUACAUUAAAAGAAAAGAACACUCCCCCUCCCCCUUUGUGCUGCAGCACUGAAAGGCACAGAAACAUAGAAAAGCACAGGGUCACUCAUUGAGUGGCCGGGCCCUACCCCAUUCUUUACUCUAUACAAGCUCUCUAUGUUAAAUAGUAUGGGCCCAUGCUUUGAGUGUUCUGUGAUUGGUUGGCUUACAAGUCAACCUGUCUAUCUAUGCACAUUACUGAGCAUGUCUUCUGAAAGGUAAAUUAGUUAGCUUCUCUGAUAACCCAUUUAAAUCAUAGGAAUUACUGAAUAAAGGGAGAUGCCUAUUUAGAUAUAUGAAUGAAAAUAUUCUGUUCCCUAUUGGGCUCAUGAUAUGUUAUAUAAAGUACCCAGGAGAUGCCCAGUCUAUUGGACCAUUGUUAAAUAUUAGCAACUCUCUGUUAUUGAGGUCAAGGGGACCCCGUGCUUUAUUUUUUUUUUAUUAUUGUUAAAAGCUCUGUGUGUGAGCCAGUCAACUCUCUGUUAACUUCGUUUUUAUGUCAUAAUUACAGGAAGAAACCAGUUUAACAUUUAAUCCAGAUAGAAGCAGCCUGUAAGCUUUAGAAACAAAGCUAACCAGACUAUUAGGAUCUGUUAAUGCCUCCCAUUAUACUCUAGAGGAGUCGUUAACAGUAAUGUUAGGUGGUAAUUUACUGUGGCAAAUAGUCCGAUUGUGCAGCUUAGAAGCGUCUGCUACUCGCCAAGGUUUAAAUCACAUUAGCAUGGCUAGUCAGUAAAUGUUACCAACAACAUUGGAAUUAAGCCCCCAAAUGUCAUAUUUCCCUUAAUGUGUGCUUCUCUACUUGUGGUCUUGAACUUUUGUUUUGUUUUUUUCAAUUUUAAUGUUUAAUAAAAGUGAGAUUUAAGUAUGUGUACAUAAUUUGUGAUGUGUUAGAUUAGUCUGCCAUUUUUAAGGAAUACUGUCAACAAUUUAUUGUUUAAAGGGAUUCUCCAGUGCCAGGAAAACAAACCGUUUUCCUGGUACUGCAGGUCCCCACUCACUCCCACCCCCCAUCCCAGGUUGAUGAAGGGGUUUAAACCCCUUCAGUGACUUACCGGAAUCCAGCGCCGAUAUCCCUCGGCGCUGGUCCAGGAUCCACCCACGCUCCUCCCCUGCCGACGUCAUCCGGCGGGGUGAGACCUAAUGCGCAUGUGCGGCAAUGCUGCACACGCGCAUUAGACCUCUCCAUAGGAAAGCAUUGAAAAAUGCUUUCAAUGCUUCCCUAUGGGGAUUUUAGCGAUGCUAGAGGUCCUCACAUAGCGUGAGGACGUCCAGCGACACUAUAGCACAGAAAAUCUGUGCUAUAAUCCCGGAAGUGCCCUCUAGUGGCUGUCUAGUAGACAGCCACUAGAGGAGGACCUAACCCUGCAAGGUAAAUAUUGCAGUUUAUGAAAACUGCACUAAUUACAGUUGCAGGGUUAAGGGUAGUGGGAGUUGGCACUCAGACCACUCCAAUGGGCAGAAGUGGUCUGGGUGCCUGGAGUGUCCCUUUAAUAUCAUUUUCAGACUAUUAGUAAUGGCCAGGCUGAGCGUAAAUGUCAAUUUACUCUGCCCAUUGUGAUGAUUGGCCGUUUCUUUACACAGGGUUGAUUGGUUGUUGGUUUUGUCAUCAUAUUCUGCUACAUUACUUGUUUUUAUCUGCACAUGUGGAGGGGUAGGGGAACUGUAUUCGAUCUGUUGCAUGUGUAUGUAUGUUUAAUUGCUGAUUUUUGUUGUUUUAUGUUCUCUACAUUACCAGGUUGCACUGGAGUUAAUAAAGGUGGUUGGAGGUCAUCCUUUUGAAGCGUAUAAGAAUUGCUUUUUCAACCUAGCCAUUCCAAUAAUUGUUUUCACAGAGACUGCAGAAGUAAGGAGGACACAAAUAAGGUAUUGUCUUUUGCACACGCUACAAUGCACCUUCAAUGAACAUUGAUGGCUGGGUACAUGUGAAAUGUACUUCACUGUCCUUUGGAAAUAUAAAGAAAACGAUCUGUCAUUAGAGAACAAAGCACUUUUUUAUAGUUUUGGCUUUUUUUUUUUUACUGUAAUUGUUUUAUUUUGUAAUUAAGUUUGUUUCUGGGCUUUGCCAACUAAAAAAAAUAUAUACUAAGCAGUCUAAUAUGAGGAUUCAAAAUUCAGUAUGGAAAAUAAAAUUUGACUCCAAGUGGUCUUGAUAUUGCACCAAUAUGAUAAUGAUAUCAGCAGCAUUAAAAUGGUCAACUGUGUUUGUAUAUUGGUAUAAUUGUCUAAUGCCCCACAGUGCCCAGCAAUGGAUAUCUAGGCUGGAAAAAGAUUAUAGUUUAUUAAGUUCAAGUUUUCAUACAUUACUUUCAUUGUUUUGACAACCGUAGGCAAAAAUCUCAUACUGAAGUAAAUUCCAGGUUUACCUUACAAAGGAACGUGAUUAUUUUUGGCUUCAUAAUGGCAGUAUGAUUUCGCAUUAAAAUUUAUAGUUUUUUGCUCACAAAUAAUUUUUAAGAUAAUUUAAGUAAUGGCAUAAGAAGUAAAAUGCAUAUCAUUAUUGUUCUUAAUCUAAAUGUAUUACUGCUGUAUGUGAAUUGCUAUCCCUUUGCUUUGCGUGCUGAUGUUAAAAGUCCAAUACACACAGAAUUGAUAUAAGCCAGCCCAAAAAGAACUCUUGUUAAACCUCCGGCAGCAAAGGAGUUAAAGUUGGUGAAGUGCUGCUUAUACACAGACAAAACAGCGAAGUGAACAUAGUGCUUGGAGUGAAACUUUAAUGUUCUAAAGUGGCUUUUAUUUUGUUUUGGGUUUUGUUUGCUACAGUUUUAAGUAUUAUAUAUUCCAUAUUUCUUAUUUAUAUAAAUAUAUGUAUUUUAUGUUCUAGGAAUGGCAUUUCAUUUACCAUUUGGGACAGAUGGACAAUAUAUGGCAAUGAAGAUUUUACUCUUCUUGAUUUCAUUAAUGCUGUCAAAGUAAGAAUAAUAUACUUUAUUAAUUUGCAAUAGUAUAUGAUAAUAUUUUCUGCAAUUCCUGUCUUCAUUCAUUGAUUUUUGUUUUUACGUUUCCCAGUGAUUAGAGUGGGUAAACUGGGUGGUAUUUAGUUUAAUAAAAAAAAAAAAAAACGACUGAAAUACAUAUUUUUAUAUAUAUUUUUUUUUUUUUUCAUUUCGGCUUUUGUUUUUCCUUAUUGAUGGCUUUCUUUCAAUUCUAACUAAAUGUUAUGUUUAUUUCUAAAGCUCACAGCUGUUGAUUUUUGCAUGUCACUUUACAAACACGAUCAACAAAAUUAGAAAUGCAAUCUCCCGUCCUACUACUUGUCUUCCACUACCAACACCAUUUCCCCUGUCUCUGAGCAAGAGGUUUCUAAUGUUCCCCAUUCCUCCCACCCCUCGACAUGUUUUCAUAAUCUGCUCCACUCUUACCUUAUCCAAUCUUUCCCUUUGUCUGGUCCCACCCCUAGCCUCUCUCUGUCUACUGGCAUCUUCCCUUUUUCCUUCAAACCAGCAAUCUUCAAUCAUAUCUUUAAAAAGCCAUCUCUUGACCAAAUCUCUCAUUCUAACUACCAUCCCUAAUUUCCACUCCCCUUCUCUUCUAAGCUUCUUGAGUGGGUUGUGGUUACCCAUCUAACUCACUUUCUCAAUAGUAACUCUCUCCUUAACCCUCUUCAAUCUGGCUCCCACUCCCUCCAUUCUACUAAACUGCCCUUACCUUUAAGUUUAAUCACUGUUAAAUACUGGCUAACACUGUUAAAUAUAUAAUGAUAUUCUUUACAUAUAAGCCAUAAUAGUAUUUCUUUCUGUGAUGAACUUAAAAUUUACUUUUAAAUGCCUGGUGGUUCAUGUUGAUUAUUAAAAAUCUUGUAAUGCUACAUUAUAUACUGCUCUGUAUUUUUAUAGGAACAAUAUGGUAUAGAGCCAACAAUGGUUGUACAAGGAGUUAAAAUGUUAUAUGUUCCUGUUAUGCCUGGACAUGCAAAAAGAUUAAAACUUACGUAAGUACUUGAUCCCAUCAUCCUACCUUCCUACCUCUUGAAUUGCUAAUUGUUUAAAGGACCACUGAAGUCAUUCAGACCACUUUGUCUGGAUGCAAGAGUUCUGUCAUUUUAACCUUUGUUGAUGUUGCGGUAGGUGAAGAUGUGAGCAGGGGGAGAACGAGCUGAUUGCUCUCAGCCACCUUUCUGCACUGUGGCUAAACGGAGAGAUGAGAGCUUCUGAUCCCAAGAAGCCUGGCCUCUAAUUAACCAUGUGGCGGAGGUGCAGCUAUGCUUCCACCUUGCAUCAUACCAGUUCAUACCCAUGAUUGAGGCAGUGAUUGGCUGAGAACACUGCCUACUACCACUGGCAUGACAUAAAGGAGAACAUAACUCCACUUCUGCCAUUUCAUAAUUGGAGCAUUUGCUACUGAGCGUCUCUAAAAGCUAAAUCAUGGGUAGAUCUUUAAGCAGUGAUGUGGGACCUGGCACCCAAGGGAUCCAGGCACCCUAACAACUUCACUCAGUCAGAGUGGUUAUGGUGCUUUCAGUGUUCCUUUAAAUUGAUACCCAGACUCCUAAAGCACUAUAGCUUGUUGAAGUACAUUAUGUGUGAAGAGUGUGUGGUGUUUUUUAAAUUUUACAAAAAGUGCAGAUUUCAAUAGAAAUUAGUGCUUCUAGAAAUUAACCUUAAUACACCCCCUGGCUGUCAAACAACCCGUCCUUUGACUUACUGAUUGGUUAGCUCAGGGGAGCUAAACUCAAGAGUGCUUAGAGCACCUGCCUUGCAGAAACAGAAAGUCUGGGUGGGGUUAGAAGAUUAGGGCUUGCAAAGGCAGCAGAUAAGAGAACUGCAGCUUUUGCAGACUGUUUUUAGAUAUGCUGCCAAAAUGUAUUUAUGCAUUAUUUUCAUUGGGUUAUAUCUUCUGAUGUUAUUUAUUUUUAAUGUUUGCAGUAGAGUGUCCCUUUAACUUUUUUAGACAUCUGAAAAAGUUUUUUUUUUUUUUUUUUUUUUAAAUAUAUAUAUGUGUGCGCCAUAUGUGUGCAAAUGAUUUGCUUUAGGUGUACAUGUUUUUGAGUAUAUCAGCAGUGGAACAUUCUUUAGCUCAUGGCUUUAUGUGAUGGCAAGAAAAAUGUAUGCGUGACCGAGCAUUUGCUGCUAAACUGUGAGCAGUGAUGCAUAUUCCUGUACCUAUGGGAAUAAGGCUCCAUAACCACUUAAAUCUGUUGAAAUGGUUAUUGUGCCUACAAUAUCCCUUUUAAUAUAUGUACAAUAUAUAUUUAUUUUUUUACUUUAUUUUUUUUUUUCCAUACAGGAUGCACAAACUUGUGAAGCCUGGAGUUGAUAAGAAAUACGUUGACCUGACUGUGUCUUUUGCUCCGGAAAUCGAUCAGGAUGAAGACUUACCCGGGCCACCUGUGAGAUACUAUUUCAGGCCCGAGAACAAUUAACAUCUCCUGCACUAGUAUUACCCUGUGUUCAUGUGUUGGUACUACUUGUCACAACUAGAUGAAGCCUUAACUAUGAGGAAAAUGUGAAAGUAGUAAAUUGCACUAAUAUUUCACAUAACAGAUACUAAGUAUAUCGUGUCCUUAGUACUUGUAUGACUUGGUUUACCAGAAGAUUUGGUUAUGAAAUUGUUUGAGAUGCAAUAUUAAAACAGGAUACAGGGGGAGGACCAAGAUAAUUAUUUUUGACUUAUGUCUGUUGUACCUCCUUUCAUAAUGCUAAAUAAUUGGAUCUGCUAAAGUACUGUAUAUAUAAAAAUCUCUUUGUGCCUUGCAGUUGGUGUCUUUCAAGAUGUGCGCACACAAGCUUGUGUGUUAAAUAUACACGUGAGAUUUGGUUUUUGUUUUGUUUUUUUAAAUUGGGUAUCAUAACUGUUGCAUCUUUAACGUUAAAUGAACUGAGGGUUAACCAAAGUCUGGCUGCAGUUGUCGUGUGUAUAUAUAUAUAUAUAUAUAGGAUAUGUACUAAUAUGUGUACAUAAACAAUUAACUUAGUUCAGUGGUUAUAGUGUUCAUGGAUAUGUGUCUGUCAGUAGAUGUAGGUGGAUAUCAUAACAUACCACACCUUUCCCUUAAUUAAACAUAAAACUGUGAUGAGAUCACAAAGUUUAGGGACACAGGUGCAAAUUCAUCAAGUCAUGUGGAUUUCACUAAGUGAUCUCAGGGAGAGUGAGUGUUCAUGUUCUAGGACCCUCUAAUCAUAAACCAUUUUUCUGCCGAAUAAGGUAUUUCCCGAACAUUCUACUAUACCUAACUUUUAAGAAACUGGAGAAAAGCAUUUAAAUAAACUUCCUAAUUCCCAAAUGAAAUACCCGAGAGUUGCCUCAGACAAUCUCUUGUCUAGUUUUAAAAUGGGUAGACCUGCCCGUAUAAACAACAACAUUCGGGUCUGUUUAUUUAUUAUCAUAGCUAUGACCUUAAUGUAUUAAAAAAAAAAAAAUACUAUUGGAGUAGUCCGAAGGAUCCAAUAGGGAAGAUAAGUUUGAGCCAGGUUUUCAAAUGACAUUUGUGUUUCUCUGUCGAUUGCUUUGUUUUGUUUCAGCUCAGGGGGCUUUAAUUGUCAUAUGCAAGCAAGGUCAUUACAACACCAAAAUGUUUGAAAUUAUAAAGCAUUUUAAAGAUGUAUUAUUUUGCAAGACUGCCUUUUUCAGUAUACAGUCUGACAAAGAAUAGAUAUUUGAAUAAAAGUGCAGUUCAUAUUUUGUCAGUUUGUAUUGAGUAGUUAUUGAAUAUAUUUGCAUUAACUUUUUUUUAAAAAAAAAUUUUUAAGCCCCUUAAUGACCAACGAUGGUCUUUGUCAGAAAUAGCCAAACACUGGAUGGCCAGCUGUUAACAGUCUGCAACUCACAAACCUUUGACAGCCAAAACCGCAACAGGUGGAAGAGGUUCAAUGAGUGUUGUUCAGGAACAGCUGGAGAUAUUUUAUAUUUAUAUAUAUAAAAAUAUAUAUAUAAAUAUAUAUAUAUUAUAAAUUACCCCCUAGUCUAUGCAAAACAAUCUGAACCAUUAAAGAUCGUAAACUGAUAUGGAAUGUUUUGCUUAUUUACCAACAUCAGCUAUAUAGAACCUUCAAAAAAAGUGCAAAAGCUUGCUGCUAUUGUCUUUGUAUUGGACAAAUGCCUGGUUUUAGCAGGCAACUUUUACUUGCUAUUUUGAAAUUAAAUCCACACAUUAUAUAUUUAUUUUAUAGUUUAGUGGCAUUUUUUGGGAAGUUGCAUUCCCUCAAAUAGUCUCUGCUAUUCAUUACUUCCCUACAAAUACCCAUGAACAUGAUAUUUGUCCACUUGAUAUUUUUUGUCACAUAUGGUAGAUGUGAAAAAAAAUUAUAUUUCUACCUCUAUUUUCAAACCCUGUUGGAAAAAAAUGUGUGAAUUGAUAAAAUUUUGACUGUUUACGUAUAUCUGAAUAGAAAUCUACACACAUAGUUUGAGUUUUUUGGGGUAAGUUUAUGUGCUAGCUAUGCAUCCCAGUUUUGAAAUAAUUGUUACACUGUUUUUGUUAAAUAAAAAGAACUCUGUAGCAAGGGUUUUGAAAAGAAACAUGUCUGAGAUUAAUUUAUGUAUAUAGAUACAUCAUGUCCACUUAUCUUUAAAAUUAUUAUAUAUAGAUCUAUACUUUAACUCAUUGUACAGAGCCA